GCUUACCGGCGCGCCUCCAUUUCUUCGACUCCAAGCUCGCCUCGCGGCACCUCUCCGCCUUCCCUCCGGCUACCUCAAACCGUUGACGCGGCCUCAGCAGCUAACCCUUCUCGCAAGCGCCGCCGCUGCUGCUGCAACUGCCGCCGCCGCCGGAUCCAAUUCCUCGCUCCCUCAAGUCACGUGCGAGGGGAGAGGGCGGAGAGAACGAAAAACAACAAGCCAGGGUUGGAGGGAAACCCCCGAGGCCCGCGUCACGUGACGCCAACGGAACGCGCUCGCGCUCUUCGCUUUUUGACAAGCAGAGCAGGAGGAGGAGGGGGCGGGGGGAGGUCACGCGCGGAGUGCUCCCGCGUCACAUGCAAAGGGCCGGCCUAUCAGAGAGAGCGCUGAUCUUACAGGGCAUCGCUUUCCAUCCAUCUCUCCUCUUCCCCUCCCGUCGGUCUUUGUAUUGCUGCUGCUGUUGAGGAAAGGAGGGGGGGGCGGCGACGGAGUGCGUGCUGCGCGCGCGCCAGCCAGUGUCCCGGUAGGCUCUGCGGCAGAGUGGGGGGGAGAGAGAGAGCGAGAGAGAGAAGGAAGGAAGAGGAAUAGCAGUAGGGAUCGUCGUCGCUGCCAAUUCUGGCUGCUGAGGGGCGGAAGGAGGGGGAGCCUGAGGAGGGGUGUGGCGGCGUCGGCUGUAGAGGAGGAGGAGGUGGUAGCAGCGGCGGCAGCAGCAGCAACAGCGACGGUGCCGGCCGGGUCAGGAAAAUGGCUGCGGCUGCGGCUGCUGUUCCUGUGAACCUGCGGCUCGGAGACCUGGUGUGGUGAGUUGCGGGGUGGCACCGGGGCGGUUGGGGGGCGCCUCCCCUCUAGAAAGGGGUGAAACGGGGAAAGCUGAAUCUUCUGGCCUGGGCCUCGUAAGCCCGCAGGCGGCCAUCGCCGCCGUUUGUGGGCAGAGCCCUGCGAAGGAGGGACACCCCCCCCUUCCUCAGGCACAAACACGGACUCGCCUUGUGGGAGGAGGCACGGGCAAGUCAGCCCCGCGAGGACUUGGGGCGGGAUGUGGGGCUAGACUUGCCUCCCGACCACCUUCCUAGAGGGGAAAUUUGCCACCUUUAAGGAGGGGGGGGAGUAAGUCGCUUCGUAGGGGGGCUGCUGGAGGUGGCGAAGGGCGACUCGACUCGAAGGGCGGCGCGGACUGGGGCAUGUUGCGAGUGAGAGGAGUUCACUUUUAAGAGACAGAAAAAGGUAAGCUUUGGUGUGAGCGGAGAAGAAAGACGAAAACGAGUAACAUUAUCCGGGUGGUCGGGAGAUGGGGAGGAGUUAAAUCUGAAACACCACCCCAUGGCUUCCAUUAAAUGUAGCCAUAUUGGGGGCCACUACAGUUUCCUAAACACGCAACUUCAAUAGUUAAGAGGCUUGGGCCUCCUGUGGUUUUCUGCAUUUCUAGUACUGGAAGAAACUGAGGUAAAGAGGCAAACUUGGUUGUGGGGAGGGGAGCGCGUGCUAAUAUUCUCAGUAAGCUGGCAAACUUGUGAGGAAGAUAUUCCACAUCAGUUGGGUUGGUCUUUUGGUACUAGAAAUGGAGCCAAGGGUAAAUUCCUGCCAGCACUCAGUGUGAGCCAGGAAGUCUUAGGAUCAAACUUAUUGAAGCCUUAAGCAAGCUACUUUUUUCCUUUAGUUUUAGUUUUUAGACAGCAUUGUGGAGAAAAUGGCACUGACAUAUUCCGGAAUGGAGCAAAGAUUGUAAUUAGAAUUGUACGAUAAUGAAUUAAUUAAAAGUACUUUGAAAAUUCAAAUGAAGGUUACUGCUAAAUAAAUGGAGCUCUAGGUGACUUGAUGAGUGAUCCUUUUAAUUGGACCGACUAAAUUCAGUGAGAGUUGUUCUGGAAGCUAUUGUUUACUGUUGAAAUCUGACUUGUUGAAAUCAUUGUAAAUUGCAGUGAGUACUUAAAGCAGAGUUGUCACACACAAAGUUAUUAAUAGUGAUAGUUAUUUUAAAUAACACACUUAUGUACAAAUGUCUUACUGUUUAAUUUUACUUUUACAGCAACCCUGUGAUUCAGGUUGCUGCUGUUCUUCUUUGCAGGAUCUGAAGUGGAGAGGUAGUGACUUGGCCAAAGCCACCGAGUUAGUCCAUAGCUGAGCUGGGAUUUAAAUUCAGGUUUUAUAUUGUAAUCCUAUUGAUAUUUACUCUGAAGUAAGUUCCACUAAGUUUAGGGGAGCAUACUUCCACGUAAGUGUGCACUGGGUAGUGUCCUCACAAGCUUUUGUUCUCAUUUUUAUUCUCAUUUCGUCUUGUGGGAUAGAUCACCAAUGCAGCCACUUUACGAAUGGGAAGCAUGAAAAGUGUAAUGGCUUCUCUACCAAAAGGAUACUUUCCUUUUUUACACUAGUUAGUCCAAUCAAGUUACUUGAAAAACCGAGGAACCUGCCCCCAGUACAACAGCUAACCAGGUUUAAAUUAUAAUGAAGUGUAGUAGUUACUCUGCAAAAAAUGCUUUCUAAAUUUGGAUCCUUUCUAGAAUGUUAUAACAACAGAAUGUGUGGCUAUUGUUAAUCCAUAGUUUAGAAGUGGGCAAAUAAGUUGAGCUACAUUGGAAUUUGUUCAAUGAGUAGUACAAAACCUUUUCUCCCUGCACAAUCAUAUUAUGCACUAAGAGCCACAAGGGAGCUGUUCCAUAAAAUUAUUUGAUACAUCUUGACUGUCUCUUCAUUAUAUGCCCAAAAAUAUUUUUUUCAAAAACCAGAACUUCAAAUUAUGUUCUUAAUUAACAAACACAAAGUGAUUGUUGAAAAUCCCACAUAAUGCAGUGAGGAUACUCUGGAAAUAACAUUGCUAGUCUGCAAAAAUGUUUGCUAGCCUUCUGAGGACUGGCGAAAAAGAGAUGGAGGGCCGCACUCUUGCAGCAAACUGUUGUGUUUCUGUGCUGGGGGUGGGCACUUUCCUCAUCUGAUUGUUUCUCUGCCAGCCCAUUCAUUCACUAGCAUAGAAUUUUAUACACUCAGUUUUAUGCAUUAGUCCCUUUAUGGUUUCUAGGCUGGUGCUUAAAUGCAGGGUUGGUGUCAUUGCUUGGCUGUGUUAGGGUUGAGGUACCAAAUGGGGUAAUCAUCUGGAAUUGCCAGUGUAAUGGGCACCUUUUGUAAGAGAAGGAGCCAGUAAUUAUAUGUGACUGUGCUGGAGUUGGUGCACAAAUACAGAACUGGAAGCAAGACUUAAUUCUACGAAAUUUUUAUCUGGGCCUGUGAAGCCUGGGUUUUUUCCAGGGUAGUAGCUCAAGGCCAUUGAAUGCCAAGCAAGUAGUGAGUCUGCUUCUGGUAGUUAAAGCCCUGUCUUAAUUGAGCAGUGGUGUCUGAGCAAUAUGACUUAUUUCAAGAGCCACUGAGCAAUUUAUUUUUGUGUCCUCAAGAUGGGUCAUAUACCACCAGAACUACAGUACACAGAUUUUGCUCCCAAGAGAACAUGGUGAAUGGUAAAAUUUUGGGAUCAGCUAUUGAGAAUCUGGAAAAACUGGCAUUUAUUCAUCUUUACAUAUAAGUGUGGCUUAUUGGCAGAUACCUCUGCCAUGCGAAGAAAUCAUAUUCCUAUCGUUUUUUGCUCUAAUAAUGACCUCUAUUAAGCACUGUCUUAUUUAGUGUUUCUGCUAAUUCUUCUAAAUCGUGGUCUUAAACAGAUUUGUUUUAACUUUGAAACAAAUAGCUAUAUACCGUAUUUUUCGCUCUAUAGGAUGCACUUUUUCCCCUUCAAAAAUUAAGGGGAGAUGUGUGUGCGUCCUAUGGAGCGAAGACGCCAUAGUCCCGCAACCCUCUCCCGGCUGGAGAGGUGAUGCGCGGCUAAAGAGGCUCCUGCCAUAGCCGCGCGCCACCUCUCCAGCCGGGAGAGCGCGCACGGGGCUAAAGAAGCCCCCCACAACCCUCUCCCAGCUGGAGAGGUGACGCGCGACUAUGGCAGCAGCCUCUCCGCUGCGCGACUUUCCGCUGCUCCCCGACCUGCUCUUUGAGGCUGGUGGUGGGCUUCCCCCCGCCAGCCCCAAAGAGCAGGUCGAAAGGAACCUGAAGCCUGGAGAGAGAGGGGGGUCAGUGCGCACCAACCCCUCUCGCUCUCCAGGCUUCCAAGGUAGCCGCCUGAAGGUGACUGAACGCACCUUAAACGGCACCUUGUUUUAGAGGGGGAAAACAAGAGGGGGGAAAUUCUUCCCCUCUCUGCGCAGCGCCUCCUGCUGCUUCGCUGAAGGGGCACUGGGCAGAGAGGGGAGAAUUUUUUCUUGUUCUCCCCCCUCUAAAACAAGGUGCGUCCUAUUGUCCGGUGCGUCCUAUGGUGCGAAAAAUACGGUACUCAACUUGCAAGUUUGUAUUAGUUUAUAUACGAAAAAAACUAAUUAUACAAUCCUGGCAAUAACCAUCUCAGAUUUCUCAUCUGACUUGCUAACAGAGAAGCUAGAAUGUGAUUUAUUCAGAUGAUGCAUUUCCAGUCUGUGUUGGCUGUUGUACUCAACUUGUGAAGUCAUUAAAUAUGAGUUCAAGUUGGAAUUCACAUGUAGCUUUGUGGAUAGACUUUGAUGAUUAUUUAGUCAUGUGCUAAUAUAUUGAGAGAUGUGCUAUAAAGAGGGAUGGCAGCAGAGUGAGUGAGUGAAUGCCAGCCUAACUUAAUCACAUAAUAAUAAUAAUAUAUAAUAUAUAUAAUAUAAUAUAUAUUAUAUAUAUUAUAUAUUGUAUAUAAUAAUAAUAAUAGUAACAAUCAACUUCCUUGUUGCUUGUUCUAUAUGCCAGUGCUGAUUCUUGGUCUUUUGCUUCCAGGUUUGUGUCUAGUACGGCAGCUUUUGGCCCUUCCUUAAUUGCUUUGCUUUGCUUAUUGGCAGGAAUGUUGUUUCCUAGCCCUGUAAAUAGGUCCAAGAUUAACAUGGGGACUUGUGUAAUGGCUGUUAAUAUCACCAAAGUAGGGGGAAAGGUAUGUUCCCUACAUGUGACCCUUGACAAACUUUCAAAAACUGGUGCUUGCUUGAACUUUUGGAUCUAUAAAGUGUAGUGCUCACUUUGUAGAACAACGUUCUUCUUCUCUAAUUUCUAUGAGCCAGCAUGGCUAGUAGCCAUAGAUUAUGGAAGUUGUAGUCAAGUAACCCCUAGAGGGCCACACAGUUCCUCCACUCUUGAUUUAUGGACAGCAAAGCCAGUAAAAGGAGUGGUGUUAGGAGUAUCAGUGAAGUAAGCAUCGGCAGGGAUGAUAGGCAUUGUAGUCCAACAGCUUCUGGAGGGCAACAGAUUGGAAAAGCCUGUCCUAAGGGAAAGGGGCAUUUGCGGUCUGUCUUCCACACCAGGAGAAAGGUAAUUGCUUUCAUUUCCCUUUGUGCUUUCUGAUACAACUUCUACCUACACUAGCAGGAGAAGAUGAAUUUUCAGUGGCAUGAAGUCAGGGUUCCACAAAUGCACUUGCCAAAUUGCUGUUAGCGACUGUGAAUCUAAUUAAAGCACACUCACAAACUCAAAUCUCAGCACAUGAUAUCUUUUCCCCUGCAUUUUUUUGUACAAACGUAAAUAAUAAAACAUGACGUGACUAACAAAAAAUGGAUCACUAGGGAAGUAAAAUACUAAACAUUAUUUUACAGUACAUAAUAAUCAAGUGAUUUCAAUAAACCAGUAAAAUGAAUUCGCCAAUAAAUCAACUUAGAAAACACAGAGUAAUAUGGGAAAGCUAAUGAAUAGUAUCUGCUUAUCUAUGCUAUAUUGCAAUGUAUGUGUUAUUUUAUUUGCAUAUUUAAUAAAAUCACACCAUACCUUGUAAAACUUCUUGUUUCUCUGUCCCCUUGCCAACUUCAAUUUUUACGACAGCUUUUCCAUUGUUCCCCAGACUAUACUAUACCAGUGAUCAAUAUUCAUUAAAUUCAAGGUUUUCCAAGUUCUGGCUAUUACCGUUCUAGUUGCUGUUAAUAAAUGUGUUAUUAAUCCCUUCCUAUUUUGUCCAUAUCUGGAAUAUAUAAAUUAAGUAAGGCUAAUGCUGGUGUUACUGGAAUUGUCUGAACUAUAAUCUGAGAUAACUUUUUAAAAACUUUCUUCCAACAUUCUACUUUUUGUGGACAUUCCCAACACAUAUGUUGGUAUGUACCUAUAAAUUGCCAUCCUCUGCAACACAACAGAGAACUAUUGGGCUGUGUAUAAGAUAGGCAUCUCAGUGUUAAAUAACACCCAUGCAGUUUUUAGUGAAUACUCCCUAGGUUUUGCUGACAUAUUUAUAUGGUGCUUUGGUCCAUAAAAAAAUCUAUUUAUCUUCUUCAAUGUUUAUAUCCCAAUUUAAUUCCCACCAGCUUUUUAUAUUUUGUUGGGGCAAAAUUGCUUCUCAAUAAGUUUUGUAUAAAAGGGAAAGUAAUCCCUUAGUCCUCUUCCCCUGCAUUAUGGUGGCAGGGGGGCUUGUUUUGUGCCAAGCAGGAAAUACAGACCUGCCCUUCCCUCAAAUCUCCCAGCACUUGUACAGAAGAUUUGAGGGAAGGGACCAGCUGCUCACUUUGGGUUGGUGUUCUCAUACACUUGGAAGCAUCAUAACUCUUUGUAUUACAGUUUGAAGGUACUGAAAAGCAGUGAGAAACUGACACAUUUUCUCUCCAGAUCUGCUUUUUUUGUUGGGUGUCAUGGAAAAAAGGUCAUUGGUCAUCUGCAAGUAACAGCUGGCUAAGACCACCAGCUAAAACUUGUAGAUUCCUGUAUGAGACCUCCCUAUAAAAAAAGACUCCAUAUUUUUAUGCACCUAUAUACACCUUUCAUAUCUAACCCCGAAUCUGCAUUUUUUCUUGAGGGUUUUUUUAAAUUAAGCUUGAAUGUUGCUGACUGCCGGUUGGCUAUUUUGUUGCAUGUUUUUUAUUGUUACCUAUUUAAUCAUGUAUUCAUGGGUGUCAUCAGGGUUGCACCAGUUUUUAAUAAUGAAUGAAACCAUAGCAAGAUUUGGAUUACAAGACUUCCAUCUACAUAUUGUAUAAUAUUGAAUUGUCUAGGAGGUGUAAGGAUCUGUGUCAGUUUCACUUCUCAGCAGUGAUGUAGGGCUGAAAUAUUUUCAUUUCUAAAAAUUCAUUGCUUUGUAAAAUUCAUUAGUUGAUGACAGUGUAACAUUAGACAAACAUGUUUUCUGCAUGGCAGUUUCAAAGUUGUAAUUAAAUGUUUUUCAUGUGAUCUUAGAAAAAGGAAGAGAGUACAUUUUAUUUUGUAAAUAGGUAAAAUACAAAUACAAACCAAACAUGAAUUCAUCAGAUUGGUUGUGCAGUUAAAAUCAAAGCCAAACCUAAAAUCCAUAUAAACUUGGGGCUGCAAGUGUGUUUAUAUUUAGUUGAAGUCAAAUAUUCAAAAUCAAAUUAUGCUCUGUUUAAAGCAUCAAUAUUUUUCUAACUAAAAAUUACCUGGAAAACCCGCAUCACUGCUUCUCAAAUAGUAAUAAAGUAUGAUGUUUGUCUAAUCCAGUGCAUUUAGCCUAUCUUAGUUGUUAACUUCAGGUUCCAAGCAGCCUUAAAGUGCACAGCUUGACCAAUAACUGCUGGUAGAAUUUGAAAAAUAUGAGGGGCCUGAUCAUCUAGGCCAGUGUUUCUCAAACUUGGGUUGCCAGCUGUUGUUGGACUACAACUCCCUAGCUGGGAGAACUAGUGGUCAGGGAUGAUGAGACUUCUAGUACCAACAACAGUUAAGACCCAAGUUUGAGAAACACUGGUCUAGGCUAAGAAUUAUGACAUUUCCCCAUUCUUUAGGACUUGCUGCUUAAUUUGAUUCAGCCACCUAAUUACUGGAAAUCCUUUCCCCCCACCCAACCAUGCCUAUUAGUCUUUCUCCUGUGUGGACUAGCUAUUUUCACCUUGACCUACCAUGGUGUUUUAAACUUGUCUUAUGAUGGCUAAGUGUGCAAACUGUCACCAAAGCUCUGCAAACUAUUGCUUAGAAAUAUGAUUGUGUGAGAGAGAGCUUAAGCUUUGGGUUGGCAGUGGAUCCCCAGGUGUUUCAUAUUGCAAGAAACGUAAAUUAUUUAUUAUUUAGUAUUUUAUACAGUAUGGACAGGAUCCAGAGUUCCUGUGAGUCAAGUCAAGGCACUGGAUGCUCCUGCUGUAGGAAGGGGGGGAGGUGCUUUCUGUCAUUUACUUCUUCCUCACCCUGGGUCCCCCGAAAAUCUGCUCCAAAAGGAACGUUGGCAACUGUAUCAGAGGAAGUGCAGGAGGGGGAAGAGGAAUCAGCUAAUAUAUUUCUGCUCCCCUUCCCCCCCCCCUUUGGGGGGAGCCUCCAUAGGCACUCAUCCUCUACUGCAAACACAAGGCACAUUCUAGUCCCAAGCCUAUAUCUUUUAGCAUAUAAUGAUCUGUGCAGUCUAUUAUCUCUUGCAGUCUAAGCCCAAGUUACACUAUUGCUUUUUCUUUCUUUUUUUGUAAACAAGCCUGUGGAGUCAUGGAAACAGACUAUUUUGAUAGAGCUUAGCAGUAUGGCUUGCCUGUGCUGGUUUAAUCUAAACUGAGAUAAACAGGCCUUAAGUCAAGGACUAUGCAUCUUGUGUGUUAAACUAUAUGAAUUUAAAACGAGCUUUAUGAUAAGUUGUUUUACAUGGAUUUUGUAGACGACAAGGAAAGGCAACGUAAAUAUAAGCAAUGGCCUCGAUAUUGUGAAUAACAUUCAUUGGAAACCGUAUUUAUGUAUAUUAUCUAGUAGACUACAAAAUCAGGACCAUUAUUGCAGUGUUUUGUGGUUACCUUAGGUGAUUACUUAAUCUGCAUUAUUAUUUUUCUAGACAACCCUCCAUUUCUUGGGUUAAAAAUUCUUCCCAAAAUUUGGUUUGUGUAAGAGUUUGAGGCAAAACCCUUCAUAUUCUUUGCCCAACUUGGGCCCUAGAAGGUUUGGAACCACUGAAAAAGAUCCACAAGAUAUUAACAUGAUUUGUGGAAGCAUCAUGGAAAAGAAGCUGAAUAGACAAAGGUCAGAAAUGUUGGGAAUUAGCGUCCAUUGUCCAAUAACAUCCGGAAGGCACAACAUUGGCUUCUUAUACGUUAGCUCAUAUUUUAUUGUUUGUAGAAUCUUAACUUUAAACCAUUUCUGUUCUGUGACAAUGGAAGAUGUAUAAAACCAUUCACCCUACCUAAGCUAAGGGUCUAGUGAUACUGUGAGCAUAUGUAAUCUGUUUCCCCCCUUCAUUUGCUGUGGGGAAGUGAUUUAAUGGUUUUAGUGAUGAAAGAAAAUUGAUGGGGCAUAACAUGAACACCUGUAUCUCUAAGGAGUACAACAUGGUGUGUGUAGAGAAUUUUGUAAGCUGUAAGCUUGAAACUCACAUGCCUGUCUUUUGUCAUGAAUACGUGUCUAGAUGAGACCAUGUGUUCCAGGGAGCUCAGUUUUCAUAUAUAAUCAUGUAGAUAGGUGUCAAUGUUAUUCCAUGUAUGGCAGCUCUCUUUGUGAGGAAACAGUCAGAUGUGAACAGUCCUUGGAUCUGGGCUCUUCAAAUAUUGUGGGACCCAAGAGAUACUAUUUUAAUUUGAAAAGUGGUGCAUUUAAGGAAUUGCUGGCUUUGAUCUGGGAUUCGAUGGAUAAUACAGUUAUGAGAUUCAACCUGGUGUGGUCCUGAGGCAAUCUGUACUCGUUGCAAGCUAAACAUGCAUGCAACCAAUUUAUGCAGGAGAAAUGAAAAGGGGUAGUUGAAAUUUAGGAAAACCAAGCAUGUUUCUGGUUGCUUUAUUUUUCUGGUUGCUUUAUUUGUCCUACUGACAUCUGCCCUUGGGAGGCUUGUCACAAGGAUUGUAAAUAGCCACUGACCUGAAUGCCUGUGGCAAAAAAGAAUUCCCUUCAGGUGAAGAAGCUGGGAAAUUUGAUGAUUAAAAAAAGACUGAUUUUGCAGGCAGUCCAGCAAAUGUGUCUGGAUAUGUUUGUAAGUCAACUUGCUAUGCUUGGGAACAUGCGCAAAAGAAGAUACUAGCGAGAUUUUGCCUCAGUUCCAGGGAAGGGGACAUUCUUUAGCAUCCAUGGAAGAAGAUUGUUCUGGAUUCCUCCUCCCCCCCCCCUAAAUUGCUCUCAGUUUUCUUUUCUAAUAGUACUGUGUAAGUGAAGAAUGUUGAAGAGUUGCUGCUGUUUGUCAUAGCCAUUGGCUGACUUCUGUUUUUUCUAUAGGGGGAAGCUGGGCCGAUACCCUCCUUGGCCAGGAAAGGUGAGUUCUAGUGUGCACUUCACUUACUUUUUGUGUUCUCUUUGUUGGGGUAACAUAUUUUUAUUAAUGUCAAAUGCAAUGUGUAGAUCUACAUUUCCUGCAGUUAUCAGUUGACCCACAGCAUGUUACAUAAACCAAAGUGAAUCUAGACCAGUUUAGGUGGGUUUUUUAAUCAGUUGUAUUCCUGGAUGUAGCUACUUAAUCCUUUUUCUGUCUUUCUGAAAAACUGCUUUCCCUUUCUUCAUAAAUAAGCCCUGACACCACCCUCAAAUAAAAUGUGCAAUCAGAUCUUAUGAAUGAAAUAAGUCCCAUUUGUGUUCAGUGGGACUUUCACUCAAAUGACAAUGAAUAACAGCCAAAGGACAAUUUUGAAGGCUAAGGAUUUAUUUGUAAAUGAAUUUUUGUUUUGCAAAAGCUCCAGAUUUAGGCCUAAAUAUCCACCAGAAGUUCCAUGAUGUUAUGCUAAGAGAUGCCAUGCUGGUAGAAUCACACAUAGUUGACCUGGCCUGCAGUUGCUGGGGGCAGGCCCUUGGGGGCCCUGUAGAGAUUAAUCGGUUCAGCCAGGCCGGUGAAAAGGAGUUGCCUCAAUGGCAACUGUCAGCCUGUUUUUCAUUCUCUGGCCUCUCACAGUUCUGCUGUCUAUAAAAGAAUGGAAGAGAUCUUAGCAAAAUUUUAGUAGGAGGAGGUCAGUGUGGGCGUUUCAAUAUCAAUUCAGUAUCUGUGUCUGCUAGAAUCAAAGGCACAGUUACUGCAAUUACUUUAUUUCAUUAUUUGAUAUGUCACCGAUUAGUACAGUGUUUAGUUAUUUCCAUUCACUCGGAUAAAUGAUUGACGAGUGUGACAAAUGUCUGGAUUUAUCUCCUGAAAAGCUGGUGCUUUUGUAGCAUUUACCUUGCAAUCAGUUUGUUACUGUAGGGAUAAUUACAGUCUGUCCUGAUCCUGUGUUGUGUAUGGUGUACUUAACUAUGCAAAGCCUGUUGCAGAAUUACCAUCUAAACUUAGUCUAUAUCAGCGUAACUGGCGUGAUUGCGAGGCAUCAUGCUGUGAACAGCAUAAUACACAGAUAGCCUCAUUUGCUCGUUGAUUGGAUAUUUUUACAUAUACCUGUAAAAACAUGUUACAUGCAUUUUUGUAAUAAGCUUAGCCCAAAGUUUUAAGAGUAGCACUGCACUCAGGAAUAUGGGCCUUCUUUUUCUGGUGUGAAUAUACCUUUAGUUACAAGGUAUCUCCCCCCCCCCAAAUAAUCUUGUUUCACAACAGUUUUUACCAAUAUAUGCAAAGAUUUUGGAGCGGGGGGGUGGAGAAUGUUUAAAAAGUUCCGUUUUUAUUACCUCUAAUUGUGGCUUCCUGUGUUUCUCUCUCAGAUUGUUAACCCGCCUAAGGACCUGAAGAAGCCUCGUGGGAAGAAGUGCUUCUUUGUGAAGUUUUUUGGGACUGAAGAUCAGUAUGUACCCACUUCUUUUCUGCCAGGGGGAUCUAUUUUUAAACUUUAGAGCCUUGUAGAAAAGCUGGCACAGUGCAAUUUCAUGACCAGUAAAAAUAGUCUUAAUUUAUCAGCUAGCAGCAGAAACCUCUAGAGCCUAUGUGCUGGUCAAGGCUGAAGAAGCUGAUGUACCAGCUUACCUAGGCAUCAGAAAUGUCCAUAGCUUUUUUUAGACAGUUUAACACACAUCCACAGUCCCUGCAUUAGGAAGAAUUUGACAGCAUGUAGUUGGCAUUGAGAUUUAUAUCAAGGCCGGGGAACCUGUGGCCCUCCAGAUGUUGGACUUCAGCUCCCAUCAGCCCAGCUAGCAUGACCAGUGGUCAGGGAUGAUGGGCAUUCUAGUCAAGUAAUACCUGGAGGGCUUCAGGUUUAAUGUACGGUUUGUUAAUUUGAAAGUCAGACUUACAUGUUGAAUAUUGUUGCAGUUGAUAUCAGUGAUGUCCAGUGAAAUAGGAAGAAACUGGUUGGUGUAAAAAAAACUGAAAAGCAGUCUAGUUCAUUCUCUCCCCGCCCCCAUCAAAGGCAGGCAUUUUUGACCAUCUUCAUUUGCAAAAUUCAAACUUCUGGGUUCCAUAAACAAGUGGAGCAGGAAGUAAAGAGGGAUCUCUGUGGCAUGUACAGAGAACCAAGGGAAGGGGUCAGGCAUUUGCCUCAUGGUGGAUUUUGCAAACAGUUUGGUCUGCACAGCCCAUUGGGAACUGCGUGAACAAUCCCAGGAGAACCUUCUAUAUUGUAUCAUAAUCAUCCAUCCCUCUGUUUCUGCUUCAAGUCUUCCCGUGCUUGAGGAGCUGGAGCCCAAACUGCAUCAACCACGUACAAGAGAGAGGUAUUAGCAGAUUCAAGAUACAAUAGAGGUUUGCGGGUGCUCAGUAAUCUUCAGUGGAAAACAACAACAAAGGGGUUUGGGAAAUCCCCUGAACAUCCCAUUAAGAAUUCAAUGAUACAAAAUGUUGAAGGAGGAAAAAUAAAAACCUGAUAACCAUGUGGAAGGAGAAAUGUAAAGGGGAGUGAACAAAAAGUACUCCGUGUUGCUACAUUUUGUUGCAGGUUGCACUUAUACAAAGUAUUUCUACUGACAUAUAUGGACCAAUGAUCUGAUGCUGUAAGCACCCACGUAUGAUAAUUUCAUUUAAAAACUGGGCCAUUGUGUCAGUAUUCAACACAUUAUGCUUUAGACAACAGCAUAAACUCCUCCUUUAUACUUGCUUUUUCUUUUUCUGAAGUUUAAAUAUUUGGACUGACAGUGCCACAUGAGAGAGUGCUUAUUUUCUAGCCAGGCAUAUGUCCUCUAAUAAUUGGGGUGUACCUGUCAGUGCUUCAAGGCUGUUGCUAUUCCUCACCCUUAGGUAGUUCCAUUUUUUGUAAAUUCUUUAAACUGGUUUUAACCUUACAUUUUUAUAUUGUUGUAACCUGCUGUGGGAGCUUAUGGUGAAGAGCAGGUAGGAAGUAAUACAACAUCAUGAGAUGGGAACAAAAAAGGAGAAGGGAGAAACUGCAGUAUGUUUUUAUUUGCAGUGGAAACAUUUGAAAAGUGGGUCGAAUGGUCUGGAAUGCUGUUUAGUUCCAGCAUAGAUUAAUGAACAGAUUGCAAAUGAAAACGUUGAUGUACCAAACCAAACCAAAUAGCAGUAUGGCAUGUAGUUUAUAAUAUAAUUCGGUGGAGGAGGUUGGCUAAAGAGCAAGCCCUGAGGAAUGUAUUAAUCAUGUCCUGUUGAAUGAUUUCUGUCUGCUGAGCAGUGGAUAUUUCAUUCAAGUACAGGUUACAUCUUAUGUAUAAGGGAAAGGCAAGAUAUAAGCAGGGCUCUGUGUUCUGCAAUUUGAGGGGGGCAUAGAAUAUUGUAUUGCAAAAAAAAUAGUUUCCUGAGGCAAGCAAAGUAAGUUUCUAGCCCUUACUGUGUUUAUAGAAACAGGAGAGUUGAUGCAAAGUACAUUUAUACUUUAAACUGUCCUGUCAUCUUUGGCUGAAGGGCAGUAUAUAAAAUUAUUAAAUAAAAAAUAAGAAUGUCCAUGAUGCAGAAUUUAUUCUUAUCACAUAACUGGGAUAAGAGUGGGAUUAAAAAUUUUUUUUAAAAAAAAAACCAUUCAGUGAAAUGGGCCCUUUGUGAUCUGUGUCUAAUCCUGGGGUGAGCCUUUGAGUCACAGUCAUUCACUUUAAGUGGGAAUUUAGUUACCAUCUGACAAAGUGUGAUAAUGCUCUGUUAAUCCUGGUUAUCUCCUCCAGUUUCUGUAAUGGAAACAAAGCAAUACCUCCAGUAAUGAAGCAGCAUUCAGGCAAGUGCUCUCCACCCAUACUUUUGAGGAAAAACAACAUAAACCUGAAGUAGUCAAGGAAAAAACCCAAUCUACUUUCUGACAAACUAAUUUACAGCUCAUUUGUAUAAUAUUUGCAACAAUACAACUAAUAAUAAUAAUAAAUAUGUUACUUAUACCCUGCCCAUCUGGCCGGGCCUCCCCAGCCACUCUGGGUGGCUCCCAACAGAAUAUUAAAAACACGAGAAAACAUCAAACAUUAAAAACUUCCCUAAACAAAAACUAUAUGAUGUUUUUCACCACUCAAAGUACUUUACGUGCAUUAUUUUAUUGAUGUACGCUGAUCUACGUGAUCUACCCUGUAAGGGAGAUCAGUAUUACCCCCAAAGUGCAAAUAGUGGGGGGAGGCUGAGAUUCAUGGUAGAGGUAAAGUUUGAACCUGGGUCACCCUGACGUAUUUUAACCUCUUAGCUACUACGCCACACCAGCUCUCUAUGUAUGAUUAGGAACAUCAUAUUAUAGAGCCAUUUGGGAAUACGACUUAAAACUGUAGAUCUUGCCAGAUGCAGAAAAUUUGUGCACCUAGGAGAGAGUUUCUGGCAUAUUGUGCUGGUAUGCCUAUGUAUGCUAUGUGCAUUUCACAAGACUUCACAAUGGAGGACUUCCCAAGUGACUCUUUUGUGCUGUAUUUGGUUGAACAACCUCCCUCUCCUGCCAGAAACAGGAAGAAGUCAGUAUGCAUGUUUUUAUAGUGUAUAUCUCCCUAAAACAGCUGAUUGUAGGCUUCUAGGAAGAAACUGAAUAGUCACGGUUGACCUUUUUUAAAAAAAAUAUUAAUGCAUAAAUAUUUAACCAAGUAAUAGCUAUGGCUUAUGGGCCCAGUUAUGUCCACCAAGCCUCUCCUUUUGGCUUGAGAGACCAUUUUAGCCAAGCCACAGCCACCUGCCCUGAAUGUGAUGUCAUAUAUGAUGUCAGGGUGAGGCAGGUAAAUUCAUAUAUUGCUGCUGAAACUCUGUUUAUGUGUGCAAUUUGAUUGCAAACUGUUGCCUCACAAUUCAACUUCCUUUUUAUUUAUUUUUAAAGGCAAGUUUCUAAUAGAAAUAUUCUUGAAAGUAUGCAUCUGUGAAUCUUGAGAAAUCUUAACUCUUGAGGGUUUGCUGAAUAAGACAUUCAGAGUUAGAUAUACGGCUUUAGUGCUAUGCUUGCCUUCCUAUUCUUCCCCAUAGUUCCCUUUUUCAAAAUAAGCAGACAGGUGCCAUUCAUACAGCUUUCCUUGAUGCACAAUUGAGUUACCUCUAGGCCUGGGCAACGGUGGGUAGGUGGGCUGCACACCGCUGCCCUGCGCGCCCGUGCUGCUUCCUGCGGGGGGGGGGACUGCAGUGCUUUGCCGGCAGCCUGCCCCCCCCCCCCGCUACUUCCUUAGGAGGCUUGGGAGCGGCAGGCAGGUGGCACAGCGCUGCCCCACACUCCCGGGCUGCUUCCUGGUAUAAGCUCCCGUAUAAGCACUGGGAAUACCCAACGCUGAACAUGACUAUAACCAACUUUAAUAAGUGAAGGGGCAUUUUUGGUUUUAAAAUAAAAAUAAAAGGAAAAGCUCUCGUUCUGUUGACUUAUGGCUGCUGUUUGUAGAAGGAAUAAUGCCAGAAUGGUCAUAUACAUGGCCUAGUUCAUAAUAUCUUCCCCAAUUUUGGAACAAAAGGGCACAACUGUGAUGCCAAAACAAGGAAAUGAGUUAAUCUGUACACAUUCUCAGUGCCCAGCCUCCUGACUAAGGCUGCUUGGUGCCUAACUGCUUACCUAGACGUAAGCUCAAUUUAAUUCAUUAGGACUUAUUUCUGAGUAGGUCUGGCUAGCAUUGCACUGUAUAUUAUUAUUAAUAAUAAUAAUAAUACAUUUUUUUCUGCAAGCUUAAAUAUUUGUGUGUGUGGAUAUGUUGUCAGGAUAAACUGCUUUAUAACACUAAAGUUUGAAAUCAAUACAGUGGUACCUCGGGUUAAGUACUUCAUUCGUUCCAGAGGUCCGUUCUUAACCUGAAACUGUUCUUAACCUGAAGCACCAUUUUAGCUAAUGGGGCCUCCUGCUGCCGCCGCGCCACCGGAGCACAAUUUCUGUUCUCAUCCUGAAGCAAAGUUCUUCACCCGAGGUACUAUUUCUGGGUUAGCGGAGUCUGUAACCUGAAGCGUAUGUAACCCGAGGUACCACUGUAGUAGCAUAAUUCUACUAGGACCAAUUCAAGUCAUAGAAGAAGUGAAUUAAAGCUUUUUUGAGUUCAUAACUUUUAUCAGGCCGGGUGAGUAGGGAUUGUGAGGAAGACAGAUGUAAUAGUUACUUGGCAUAAUGGAGAGCCCAGUUUGUGGUAAUAGCUGAAGAUUGAAUGGAGGAUAGAUUGCCCAGGUUGCUCACUGGGGCAAGAAAGGCUGAGCAUACAACAAUAAUUCUGGCCUGACAGCGCUGAUUAUGAGUUAGUUUCCAGGCACAAUUCAAAGUGCUGGUUUUGACCUAUAAAGUCUUAGGUGCCCCCCCCCCUCCGAACUGACCCAAACCCUGCAAUCAGUAUCUGAGGCCCUUCUUUUUGGGCCCCUCCACAGGCGUUCUGGAAGAUGGCAACAUGAGAAAGGGUCUUUUCAUUGGUCUAGCUCCCUGCUAGUGGAAUGCUUGCUCAGGGCAGGUUUGCCUGGCACCAUUGUUGCAUAUCCUUAAGUGCUAUGCAAAAACAUACAUUUUAACUAUCAGUGGCCUUUUUGUGUUGGUGAGAUGUUUUAAUAUAGAUGGUUAUUUUCCAAUGCUGGUUUUAAUGUCUAUGUGUUUGGUUUUUUGCUUAAAAUAUUCUAACUCGCUUUGAGUUGCUGUGGCAAAAAAAUGACUAAUAAACUUCAUAAAUAAUAAUUAAAAAACCCCUUUUUUUAUUUAGACUUUUGGUUCUAAUAAACAAAUUACUCUACUAUUGCUUUUGGAUACCCUUUUUCUAAUGGACCAAAAUUUCUUCCCACAUUGUUUUGUCUACUAAAACUGCAUACUAUUCCUUGGUGUGGUGCUUAAAAGUCAGGUGGAAUGUGAUUUUCUUGAGUUGGUGUUUAAGCAUUUUAUUGAGGCAACAACUCCUUUAAACAAUGGUUUUUGCAACUCCACUGGAAUUCUGUAGAUAGAAUAUUGAUUUAUCUUAUAAAAUGAUAUGCAUGGAUUCUGAUUCUUUGUUUCUGUGACAGAAGUUGUAAAGUUAAUAGAUUACAUAUAGCAACAUACCUACUGAGAAGGAGAAAUUUCAUUUAAAACAUGUCAUUAGGAACAAAGUCUAGGACUUGAAAUAUCAGAAAUGCUAUGGAAAUGCAUAUAAAAGAAAACAGAAGAGGUGAAUAAGUUCCCCUCCAUUCUGUAAUAGUUGAGUUCAGUUAAAGACAGGUGUUUUUCCUAAUUCAGCUAGGUGCUGCUAAGGAAUCAGUGUUUUGCACAGGUAUCCUAGUUGGACGACUAACUGAAGAACAAAAACAAAAAAAAGCACCAUCCCACUCAGUUGUUUGGGAGUUGAAAGUCUGGCAGUGUGAGGGGUAUCACCAAAUUGAAUUAGGAAAACCAAAGCAAAACCUUAAUAGCUUUUUGUUGUUGUUUAAUCGUUUAGUCGUGUCCGACUCUUCGUGACCCCAUGGACCAGAGCAUGCCAGGCAUGUCUGUCUUCCACUGCCUCCUGCAGUUUGGUCAGACUCAUGUUUGUAGCUUCGAGAACACUGUCCAACCAUCUCGUCCUCUGCCGUCCCCUUCUCCUUGUGCCCUCAAUCUUUCCCAACAUCAGGGUCUUUUCCAGGGAGUCUUCUCUUCUCAUGAGGUGGCCAAAGUAUUGGAGCCUCAGCUUCACGAUCUGUCCUUCCAGUGACCACUCAGGGCUAAUUUCCUUAAGAAUGGAUGCGUUUGAUCUUCUUGCAGUCCAUGGGACUCUCAAGAGUCUCCUCCAGCACCAUAAUUCCAAAGCAUCAAUUCUUCGGCGAUCAGCCUUCUUUAUGGUCCAGCUCUCACUUCCAUACAUCACUACUGGGAAAACCAUGGCUUUAACUAUACGGACCUUUGUUGGCAAGGUGAUGUCUCUGCUUUUUAAGAUGCUGUCUAGGUUUGCCAUCGCCUUUCCCCCAAGGAGCAGGCGUCUUUUAAUUUCAUGACUGCUGUCACCAUCUGCAGUGAUCAUGGAGCCCAAAAAGUAAAAUCUCUUACUGCCUCCAUUUCUUCCCCUUCUAUUUGCCAGGAGGUGAUGGGCCCAGUGGCCAUGAUCUUCGUUUUUUUGAUGUUGAGCUUCAGACCAUAUUUUGCGCUCUCCUCUUUCACCCUCAUUAUAAGGUUCUUUAAUUCCUCCUCACUUUCUGCCAGCAAGGUUGUGUCAUCUGCAUAUCUGAGGUUGUUGAUAUUUCUUCCGGCAAUCUUAAUUCCGGCUUGGGAUUCAUCCAGCCCAGCCUUUCGCAUGAUGAAUUCUGCAUAUAAGUUAAAUAAGCAGGAGACAAUAUACAGCCUUGCCGUACUCCUUUCCCAAUUUUGAACCAAUCAGUUGUUCCAUAUCCAGUUCUAACUGUAGCUUCUUGUCCCACAUAGAGAUUUCUCAGGAGACAGAUGAGGUGAUCAGGCACUCCCAUUUCUUUUUUUCUUUUUUUUAAAAUGAUAUUUAUUAAAAGUUUAAAAAUUACAGAAAAAAGAAAAAAAAUAACAAUAAAAAAGAAAAAGAACAAUAACAAAACAUAUAAAAGCCAUACAACAAUACAGCAAAAAACAAAAAAGAAACUAAAACACACAUCCAGUAUUCCAUAUCUUUACCUUUCCUUUACUUGUUUCAUCGACCUCCUCACACCUCCCUUUUUUUGUAUUCUAGUUCAAUUCACUAUUUCAGCAAGUUCUUCCCGUCUUUCUCAAUUUUUAUUCUAUAAUUUGUCUUAACGGUCUAACCUUAAAUUUUUUCAAUUUAACCCAUUAUCAAUCAACUUAUACUUAAUUCUUUGUUGCAUUUUUACUAAAACCAUGUAACAUCAUUCCCGCAUCCUUCUAACACUCAUUAAUUUUACAAUGUUUCUGUAAGUAUACUUUAAUUUUUUUCCAAUCUUCUUCCACUGACUCUUCUCCCUGGUCUCAAAUUCUGCCAGUCAUUUCCGCCAGUUCCAUGUAGUCCAUCAGCUUCAUUUCUUUAAGAGCUUGCCAUAGUUUGCUGUGGUCGACACAGUCAAAGGCUUUUGCAUAGUCAAUGAAGCAAAAGUAGAUGACUUUCUGGAACUCUCUAGCUUUCUCCAUAAUCCAGCGCAUGUUUGCAAUUUGGUUUCUGGUUCCUCUGCCUCUUCUAAAUCCAGCUUGCACGUUCUCGGUCCAUAUACUGCUUGAGCCUUCCUUGUAGAAUUUUAAGCAUAACCUUGCUAGUGUGUGAAAUGAGUGCAAUUGUGCGGUAGUUGGAGCAUUCUUUGGCACUGCCCUUCUUUGGGAUUGGGAUGUAGACUGAUCUUCUCCAAUCCUCUGGCCACUGCUGAGUUUUCCAAACUUGCUGGCAUAUUGAGUGUAGCACCUUAACAGCAUCAUCUUUUAAAAUUUUAAGUAGUUCAGCUGGAAUACCAUCACUUCCACUGGCCUUGUUAUUUGCAGUGCUUUCUAAGGACCAUUUGACUUCACUCUCCAGGAUGUCUGGCUCAAGGUCAGCAACCACACUACCUGGGGUGUACGAGCCAUCCAUAUCUUUCUGGUAUAAUUCCUCUGUGUAUUCUUGCCACCUCUUCUUGAUGUCUUCUGCUUCUGUUAGGUCCUUACCACUUUUGUCCUUUAUUAUGGUAAUCUUUGUACGAAAUGUUCCUUUCAUAUCUCCAAUUUUCUUGAACAGAUCUCUGGUUCUUCCCAUUCUGUUGUUUUCCUCUAUUUCUUUGCAUUGCUCGUUUAAGAAGGCCUUCUUGUCUCUCCUUGCUAUUUUUUAGAAAUCUGCAUUCAAUUUCCUGUAUCUUUCACUAGCUCCCUCGCAUUUUGCUUGCCUUCUCUCCUCCGCUAUUUGUAAGGCCUCGUUAGACAGCCACUUUGCUUUCUUGCAUUUCCUUUUCAUUGGGAUGGUUUUCGUUGCUGCCUCCUUUAUAAUGUUGCGAGCCUCCAUCCAUAGUUCUUCAGGCACUCUGUCCACCAAAUCUAAAUCCUUAAACCUAUUCCUCACUUCCACUGUGUAUUCAUAAGGGAUUUGACUUAGAUUGUAUCUUGCCGGCCCAGUGGUUUUUCCUACUUUUUUCAGUUUAAGCUUGAAUUGUGCUAUAAGAAGCUGAUGAUCUGAGCCACAGUCCACUCCAGGUCUUGUUUUUGCUGACUGUAUAGAGCUUCUCUAUCUUUGGCUGCAGAGAAUAUAAUCAAUCUGAUUUCGAUGCUUCCCAUCUGGUGAUGUCCAUGUGUAGAGUCGUCUCUUGUGUUGUUGGAAAAGAGUGUUUGUGAUGACCAGCUUGUUCUCUUGGCAGAACUCUAUUAGCCUUUGCCCUGCUUCGUUUUGAACUCCAAGGCCAAACUUGCCAGUUGUUCCUUUUAUCUCUUGACUCCCUACUUUAGCAUUCCAAUCCCCUAUAAUGAGAAGAACAUCCUUCUUUGGUGUCAAUUCUAUAAGGUGUUGUAAGUCUUCAUAGAAUUGGUCAAUUUCAGUUUCUUCAGCACCAGUGGUUGGUGCUUAAACUUGGAUUACUGUGAUGUUAAAAGGUCUGCCUUGGAUUCGUAUCGAGAUCAUUCUAUCGUUUUUGAGAUUGCAUCCCAAUACAGCAUUUGCCACUCUUUUGUUGACUAUGAGGGCCACUCCAUUUCUUUUACGGGAUUCUUGCCCACAGUAGUAGAUAUGAUGGUCAUCCGAACUGAAUUCGCCCAUUCCCGUCCAUUUUAGUUCACUGAUGCCCAGGAUGUCAAUAUUUAUUCUUGCCAUCUCAUUUUUGACCACAUCCAACUUACCAAGGUUCAUGGUUCUUACAUUCCAGGUUCCUAUGCAAUAUUUUUCUUUACAGCAUUGGACUUUCCUUUCGCUUCCAGGCAUAUCCGCAACUGAGCGUCCUUUCGGCUUUGGCCCAGCCGCUUCAUCAGCUCUGAAUCUACUUGUACUUGUCCUCCGCUCUUCCUCAGUAGCAUGUUGGACGCCUUCCGACCUGGGGGGCUCAUCUUCCAGCGUCAUAACUUUUAUAUGCCUUUUGUCUUUGUCCAUGGAGUUUUCUUGGCAGGGAUACUGGAGUGGCUUGCCGGUUCCUGCUCCAGGUGGAUCACGUUUGGUCAAAACUCUCCACUAUGACCUGUCCAUCUUGGGUGGCCCUGCACGGCAUAGCUCAUAGCUUCUCUGAGUUAUUCAAGCCCCUUCGCCACGGCAAGGCAGUGAUCCAUGAAGGGGCUUAAUAGCUUAUAAUUCAUUAUAAGCAAAAGAGCUCUUAGUUGGAAGUGACUUCACUAGUGAUUUCCUUGAACACAGAAGACACUCUCACAUUGAAAACCAUCAGUGGCAUCUGAGGAAGAACUAUUCUGCUUGAAAAACAUCAGGCACAAACAUGUUUGAGAUGUGGUUUGUUAACAAGUAAACUGCUUUUUCAGCACCUUGGGUUCACCACUAAUUGAGGAGGUAUGGGAGGGAAUGCUUACAGAUAACUGAAGCAGUAUAAAGUUAGCUAAGAAGAGGAUUUGCUGUGGGCGCUAGGUAGUAUGCCACUUCCAAGGAAGGCUUUUGGAAUACGGGGGUGGGGGGACAAAGUAUUCAGGUUUUAUCCACACAUCUUGCUUGGAAGGGCUGCCAAUUACCUCUGGGAGUGAUAUGACUGGAAAAUACCAUUUUGAUUUCUCUUUUAUUAGUGCUUGGAUUAAAGUGGAGCAGCUGAAGCCUUAUCAUGCCCACAAAGAGGAAAUGAUCAAAAUUAACAAAGGCAAGAGGUUCCAGCAAGCUGUGGAUGCUGUGGAAGAAUUCCUCAAAAAAGGCAAAGGCAAGGACCAGGUGAGUGUCCUUUCAUUUAGUUUUGCCUGCUGACACCGUUCCCUGGAAUAAUGAAUGAAAUGCUUCUGUUUUUACUUCAUUGCCAGGUAGGUGUGACAGACAAUGUCUCAAGAAUUAUACUAUGGAACAGUGAUUAGGGUCACAUUUAAAGUUGUAAAGCAGUUAAGUUUCACAAUUCUGUCACCUCUCUGACUCCCUUAAAGUGAACAGUGACAAAAGGAUCGGCUGGAUCUCCUUACAGCGUUGGAAUGUGUUUGCUAUGCACUCUGGAGUUAGAACUUUUUUUUCCUUAUAAAGUAGGUGUCUGCCUAGAACACACAGCUGUGCUUUGCCUCUCCUUGUCUAUUCUAAAUAGUAGCUUGAACCUGCUAAAACCCUGAGUUCAGGGUCCUUGGCAUUCUUCGGAUAUCUGGCAAAACUCAUGUUUGGAUUUUGUGAGCUUGGGGACAACAAAAUCCAUGCCAGCUCAUGCCCCUUCUUUUCCUCAUCCUCUCUGUUCUGUAAUCUCUCAGGCUUCUCAUAACUCCACCGAAGAGAAGAAUCGGCGGAAUUCGAGUGAAGAGAGGGGCAAGCAGUCAGUGGGAGAAGAGAAACACAAAGCCAAUUUGUCUGAAGGGAAGCCGAAGAAGAGGGUGUCUUCCGUUUCUUCAGAGCGAGGCUCAAAAUCCCCUCUGAAGAGAACGUAUGAGCAAAGCCCCCGGAAGCGAGGGCGCCCCCCUAAAGAUGAGAAGGUUUGUGUUUUGCAUCUCCUCCCAUGCUCUGUGAGCUUGUCCAGAUGGAAUGUAACCUUAACAGCCAACCAGAUGACUUCAUUGUUGUGGCCAUUUGAAAAGUUGCAUGUGUUAACUGUUCAAGGGUCCACCAGGCAAUUCCUUUAUUCCUCAGCCAUAAUCAUUUAUAUUAGUUGGCUCUUCCAAAGUGCUCAGCUUUAGAAGUUUCAUGGAGUGGCUCCUCUCUCUGGGAAAUCCAACGAGAUAACACCAUUUUUCCAUCUUGUUGCACGCUAACCAAGGAAAUGGAGCACAAUUUCACCGUCAAUAGUGGUAUAUGUUAACAUCUCCAUCUCAUUUGUGCGUUUGGUCAGAUGACAGCCCUUUCCAUCUCAUCCUUUCUCCGGUGCGGUCAGGCUGGAAAAGGGCCAGUUGCCUUGAUAGAUGAGCACGAAGAAAGCUUCUAGAAGUGGAUUACGUAGCCAGAAGACGUCCGUUUCUAUGCAUUCCUAAUUCUUUGCCAGCCUUUGAUUGCUCACCCCCCGUUGUGGUCUGUCCCAUCCUUGGACACUUGACAGAUGUUCACUAGCGGAACGUGGCCACCUCUGUCUAUUCAAGAAAGUUGGAAUCUCCUGGCGGUUGAUGUUACCUACUUCAAUUCUUACCAGUUGAAUGGAUUACUAUAAUGCUAAUGCUCCACGAGGCUGAAUCUGAAUGCCACUAAGAAGCAUAAGACAGGAUUACUAAUCAGCUAAGAUUUACUAGAAUUGCAUUCCACUCAUUUUCAGUUGAAUGGUACAAAGUGCUUCCCUCUUUCGCACUGCUAUCUUUUAUUAGGUCACAGUUGUGACUCUCAUCUUUACUAGUUUGAGGUUUAGAUUCCUGCAGGAAUUCCUGGGAAAACCAUUAUUGAUACUUUAUUGGUGACUGACCAGAUCCCUGCGUUUAGAUGUGAUGAAAUGCUUGCAAGUAGGAUUUUCCCUGAGAUUUUAUUUUAGGUUCUACAUUUCCAAAACAGUUGGCUUGAGGGUGUGCAUAUUUGCUAACUUGUUCUUUUGGAGAGUGUAUCAGUACAGUGGAACCUCGAGUUGCGAACGUGAUCCGUGUGGGAGGCACAUUUGCAACCCACAGCACCGCCUUUGCACACGCGCACGGUGCGAUUCGGCGCUUCUGCGUAUGCACAAAGUGCGGUUUUGGUGCUUCUGCGCGUGUGCGAGCACCGAAAUCCGGAAGUAACCGUUACGGUACUUCCGGGUUUGGCGCAUCCGUAACUCGAAAACGCGCAGCCCACAGCGUUCGCAACCUGAGGUAUGACUGUAGUAAAUUUAGCCCUUUUAAUUUCAGAAGUAUACUAAGUCACUGGCUGAAUACCAGGUGAGGGGGGUGUCCCUUUUUACAUGGUUGAUUGCAGAAAUAUUGGCAGUUAUGGAUGGAUUUUCUGGCUGAUGGAGCAGCAGCAUCAAGAAGUUUGGAAAGAAAAGAGGCUACUGAAAGCAACAGACUUCUUGAUGACGCUGCUCAUUCAGCUACCACUGCUGCGUACUCUCUUGCCCAUUGAAGAAUAUUCAGUAAUUUUUCAAAAUAUAAUCAUCAAAAGAGUGUGGGAGCCCCGUUCCAGUGGAGGAGAGCCCUGCUUUUGUAAGAAUGGCUGUUGGACCAGAUAGCACUGGCUGUGACAGUCCAAGUCCUCUUCGCAACUGAAAUGGUCCUGGUUUGUUACUGUUGUGGAAUCUCACUCUGCCUAAAAUCAAAAGGGAUUGCAAGCUGCUGUAGAAGAUGGCUAGAAAACAUCUCACUGAGAGGUCUAUUAAUCUGUGCACUAAAUGGACACUGGUUGGUUGGUUGGUUGGUUGGUUGGUUUAGCCUUUUACUUAAGAUGUGGUGGAGAUGGGAGGUUUAAUGUAGGAGGAUAGUAGAGUUAUUGUUGUCACCAGCUUCCAAAGACGGUGAUGCUAUAAUAUGCUUCCUAGAUUAUGAUGAGGCUAUGGCAACUCCCUCUACACCUUCAGGUGGUUGUUGUAAAAUAAUUUAUACCCACCUUUCAACCCCUGCAGAUGUCUUUCAAGGUGAUAGCUCAAUGGGUAGAACGUAUGACUCUUAAUCUCAGGGUCGUGGGUUCAACCCCUACACUGGGGAGAAACUUCCUACAGUGCAGGUGGUUGAACUAGAUGGCCCUUAGGGUCCCUUCCAACUCUACAAUUCUGUGACACCAGUCAUCACAUCACAUCCACACACAAUGUUUAGAGGUUGCAGAGCAGUACUGGAUGACUCUUGGUCGCUCUUUGUUUAUAUUCAAGAGAUCCAGUACCAUAUACAUGCAUUUUACACGGUACGCAAAUUCAUGGUGAUUCCAGGGGUAGGAGAUGAAAAUGAUUGUUCUUGAUCAUAGGUUUGGAAGGAAUGGGAAGGUUCUGCUAUCAUUCAGGGUAAUCUCUCCACCGCCCUAGCCAAAUCAGCCUCUACAGUCCAGCCCCCCACGUAUAUAUAAUAUACAAAAUACUUAUAUACACACAAACAAGGAAUUUACUGCAGAACCAAUAGAGCCAGAUGGCACAGGCUUGAGAAGACAAGCAAGGGCAUCUUUACCAUCAACUCUACACAUGUUCGCUCAAAAGUAAUUUCCAUCAAGUUCACUUCAUUUUAGGUAACUACUGUAUGUAUAGGAUUGUAACUAUCAAAAUCCAGCAUUUGUUUAGCAAGAGAUAAGGAGCCUAUUAUGUGACUGGGUGGCUAUUUUGUUACUCUUGCAACUCUUACACCAAAGGGAUUUAAUACUUAAUAAGGGUUGCCAAUGUGUGGACUUGGCCCAGCUGAAGAUUGAUGGUAGAGUUGUAAGAACUACCAUAUAAAAAGAAUAGUGGCUUAGAAUAGCCAAGGUUGAUAGUAUGAAUCAUAAUGUUUUGGUCCGUUGAAAAACCUAAAAAUCUUAGCCAGAUCAUUUAUUAAAAUAGAAAGCAAAAAGUGGUGGUGCUUAGAAGACAUGCAGUGAAAAUUGGCCAAGAUUCCAAAACCAGUAAAGAUUUUGUCUUUUGUUCAUCGCUUUCCUUCUCCCUCAGCAGUAGAUAUAGAUUAGAGUGUAAUGUGCUUUUGGCACAAUUCUUCAUUCCAGAAGUUGGGACCCGUUAAGAAGAAACUAGGUUAGAGGUGAAGGGUGGGUUCUGUUUGAGUCAAGGAAAGGGAUGCAAAUUGAUGUUUAUAUAUAUAUAUAUAUAACAAGAGGUUAAUAAUGGUAGAAGAGCAAGCUAAGAUGCACUGUGUUCUCAGUACAUUUCUCCAUGACAAUAAUGGCAGAGGGAAAUAAGAUGAGGGAGUCCUUCUUGGAAAUAAAUGUCAUUCUGGCUUGUGAAAUUUACUGGAUAGCAUGUAUUGAAUCAUUGUCAUGUGCAUUGAUUAUGUUACGUUCAUGAUGUUAAGCACACCUAAUAGGGUGUAAGUCUUAGUGAACCUGAGGGUGGGGUGGGGACUUGCUUCCAAGUUUACAAUAGGAUCUUGCUGCAUGGAUUAUUGCUUGAUUGCUUUGAGUCACCUUGAAGCUGCUAAAAGUCCUUGCUUAUUUUGGUUAAUUUGCUUUUAUUGGAUUUAUUGUCCAUGCCACCCACCCCAAGUUCCUAGAUGUAACAGAAAUUAAAUCAAAUCAAUAAAUUAACCCAUUUUUUAAAAAUACUGUACGUUACCAGAAUUCAAAUUAUCUCUGGUCUCAUUUAACGCUACCCAUUAAAAACUGGCCCCAAUAAAUUAUUACUUGCCCAACUUUCACCAAGUACUAUAAGCUCAGACCUUGGGAAAGAGAACAUUUUUUAUUGUAGAGUCAACACUUCUCUGUCCUCUGUGUAUAGAAAAUACAGAUGGACCCUUCCUCACCAUUCAUUCCUUUCCCUUUUUGCACAUGAGAGAUGACACUCUCCUAACCAGCCCAGCCAUUUGCUCCUAGCGCAAACCCCUUUCUUCCACUGAGAGCUUUUCAUAUGCCAUUUUGCAAGCACGUUCCACUACUUGAUUUUGGAAGUUAUAUUCCUUUGUAAGAGCAACAUUUUCCAAAGAGUGAUUGGGGGAUGUGGAAGAGGAAAAUAUGCUUCAUUAUAUUUGUUACAUAUUCAUUUAGCUGCUAUUCAAAUAUCCUGCGCACAGAGUUUUGGGAUUCUGUCCGUAAACUUUGUUCUUAUUCAAUCUCCUCCUUGCUUCACAGGAUCUGACAAUCCCUGAAUCGAGCACAGUGAAGAGAAUGAUGACUGGCACCAUGGCUGGCUUUAAAUGGCCACCGAGUGUAAGCGAGGUGAUUUAAUUCUUUGUCUUUUCCUCAGUGGAAAAAAUUCUAGCAUUUCUGCUGUUGUACGAAGCACAGUGGGGUGGAGCACAAUAAUCCUCUACUUUGCAUACAUCAGAGUUUCUUAAUGGAAGGCUUGGUUCCCCAUAUUUUGUGCAAGAGACCCUUUCCUUCCUUGCUCUUACAUUUCCAGUCUUCUCUGUGCAUGACUUGCAUCAUGCCCCUUUUCCAGUUUCAAAUACUCACCUCUUGUAUUACUUCAUCUCCUCUCUCUUACUGUCCCUAUUCCUGUACCCAUCUCUGCAUUGCCCUGGUUACUGUCUGUUUCAUAUGGGCGAAGGGAAACAAGAGGAGGAGCCACUAGGCUCAUUCUAACAUAACACUAAACCAUGGUUUAGCAUGAACUGAAACAAACCUGAAUAAAGUCUUGGACUCACCAUCAGCCAAGAGAAGGAUUUCUGCAGCGUUUAGAUUUGCUUCCAAUGAAACCUGGCUUAUUAUGUGCAAACCAGGAGUUGUGGUUUAAAGAUGUUUUGGUCAGUUUCUGAGCAAACCAACUACUAACCAUGGAUUAUGAAGCUGGCUUGCUCAAUUUAACCAAAGCUUGUUUUAAACCUCAGUUAUAUUGUGAUGACAAGUUAGAUUUCAAAUCUAUAGAAGGCCUUCUGGUUGCAUGGGAGAAGAUGAUUUGCUCUUGCUCAUUCCAGCACUUGUACAUAGUACCAAACCAUAGUUUACGGUUGCAUACAAACCAGCCCACUGUAGAAGAGGCGUUACUUUUCCAUGCAUUGGUGCUUUAAGUUGGGUCACCUGGUGCCAUGGUGAUGUCAGGUGAUUGACAGUUGUGUAGCCCUGUUUACCUAUCAAAAUGGUCGGGUUGUGUGUGUGUGUGAGGAGCUUGGGAUCCGGCCAUUCCUCAUUCCUGACAAAACCCAUUCUGCAGUCUUUCAGUCUUAAGAUGACAAUAGUAGUCUUCAUCUAAUAGCCUAGUUUAAUUAGUCUAAUAGCUAUGCCCUAGCUUUUUAAAACAUUUUAAAAUUAAAUUUAUAUAAAUAAUAAAUAUAUUUUUAUAUAAGUCAUUUCUUAGGGCAGCUCUUUAAAAUGGUUUAAAUCACAUACCAUGAACAGUGCAUUUACUAGUGUUUAAAGGUCUCAGAUUACUAUUGCACUAGGCAUGCCAGGCCUGAGAAUCAAGCUAUAAGCAUGUUCUUAUAUAUGUUUACUCAAAAGUAAGGCCCAUCUAUUUCAGUAAGGCUUAUUCCCUGUUUACUUGUAAAGUGUUCUGAGAAACUCACUUUGGAAAUAUUAAAAAAAAAGCUGUUACGUUAUGAACAUAGUGGCUCAAAUGCAAAAAUAUACCAUAUUUUUCGGUCUAUAAGACGCACCAGACCACAAGACGCACCUAGUUUUUGGAGGAGGAAAACAAGAAAAAAAUAUUCUGAAUCUCAGAAGCCAGAACAGCAAGAGGGAUCGCUGCGCAGUGAAAGCAGCAAUCCCUCUUGCUGUUCUGGCUUCAGGGAUAGCUGUGCAGCCUGCAUUCGCUCCAUAAGACGCACACACAUUUCCCCUUACUUUUUAGGAGGGAAAAAGUGAGUCUUAUAGAGCAAAAAAAUACGGUAACUUGUGAACAUGAACAGAAAUGCUCCUGUCUUUCAUCAUUUUGGGGGCUAGAGAAAAUAACUUGGGAAAUGGGGAUGAGACCCACAAAGUGAAGCAAUGCAGAGCAAGAUACCACUCUUCUCCUUGCCAGAAACACUAGCAUGCUCAACUUCAAAUUUCCUAUUCUCUCCCACCCCUUAGACUCCAAUGUUAUGUAGUUAUAGUAAAGAAUGACCCCUCACACUACCAGGCAAAAUCCCUGCAACACAGAAGUCAUGCAGGUCUGUCCUAGAAAGAAAGGAGGAAAGAAUCCAAAGGCAAACACACAUCAUGUUCAGAAUUUGCUUUUUGCAUAGCUCAGUAUGUUCAUUGUUGCCUCUUUGAUCUUUGAAAUGCAAUACUCAUAAGCUAGAAGGUAAGGGUGGAAGCUUAGCAGCACAGGUGAUUGUCUGGGGCUCCAGGGCUACCACUUUACAGCCCUCUGGCAGCAGUGAGGAGGCAGCAGGGCUUCCUAUAAAGAAUGCAGCAGUUGGCAAAGUUGGUAGGGCAGGGUUAGUCAAUGUGGUGCCCUCCACUGUUGCUGAACUCCCAUCAGCCCCAGCCAGCAUAACCACUGGUGAGGGAUGAAGGGUGUUAUAGUCUAGCAAUGCCUUGAGGGGCGGGCACCACAUGGGCUACUCCUGUACUAGGUCCAAUAGCAGAGAGGGGAUAGAACUCAUGGAAUUGUUGGCUGAUAGAAGUCUUGUCACGUGAUUCUCCCUGCAAUUUCCCCUCCCCUCCUACCCUUCAUUGCUCAGUUCUGAGGGCCAAACUACACAAAAAAUUAAAUACAUCUUUGCAUUUGGCUUGCAGGGGUUUUAAAUACAAAUUUCCUUCCAAACCAAAUUUUGUAUAUUUAUCACAAUUAUUUGUUUGCUUGUUUAUUUAUUAUUAGUCAGAUUUGUAUACCGGCCUUCAUCCGAAGAUCACAGGGUGGUUCACAACAUAAAAACACAAAAUGUGAACCCAAAAUAUAUAAUAAAACAAAAACAAACCAGUAAUCUCCCGCCUACAAACACAUUUAAACAGCCAUAGAAUGUUAAGCAGCCAAAGACGUGGUUAUAGAGAAACAUUUUUGCCUGGCGUCUGCAGAUAGGUAAUGAAGGCAUUCCACAAAAUGGCAGCCACCACAGGAAAGGCUCAUUUUUUGUGUUUCCACCCUCUGGUCCUUUCGUGGAGGAAGCACACAAAGAAGGGCCUCAGAGGAUGAUCUCUGUAUCUGGGCUGGUUCAUAUGGAAAGAGGCAGUGAUGUCGAACAUCAAAACCUAUUACACUGUUAAUGCAAUACCAAUUGAAUCUUGUCUUUCUCUUUGUUGUGUGACCAUUGGUAGAAAAUAUAAGGAGGGGUAAGGAUGAUUAGAUAACCAGUCAACACCAAUUAUUAGUUGAAGAGUUGAUAGUGGCUGGUGCCAAGAGGCAGAAGAUAAAAAAAGUAGUCAAAGUAGUUUCUGAGAUAUCACCUUAGGUUUGGUUUUUGGAGUUGGCAAACUGUGUCCCUCACCGUUUAAUAUUUAUCAGAAACAUUUCACUUAAAUUGAUGAUUUCCAUCUAACAUGAACAUGCUCUUAGAAUGGGUAGUACUUAACUGAUUUAUUUAAAGGAGUAAUAAACCGCUCUUCAGACAAAAAAAAAAAAAAAAAGAUUUGAGAGCACAGACCUGUAGCAGAAUUUUAAGCAUGUUUACUCAAAAGUAAAUUGCUUGCUGCUUAAUAGUGUGCUUAGGAUUGCAACUUAGAAACCAAUACAUUCAGAUGAGUCCUGUUUUUAAAAGGAAAGUGCUUUUAUGGGAUAUAUCACAAGCUUAAAUAUAUCCCAAGGAGUCAUUUUCAAGCAGCCUCCCAUAAUGUUGCCAUGGGUGGCUUUCACUGAAGAGGCUAUUGUGUGUAUUAUGUCCUGGAAAUUACUUUCCUUCUCCUGCCAAUUCUUUCUGAGCUGAACUCCCCAGCCUGCCUCUCCUGGACUCUCUUAAUUCCCACCUCUAUUACCAAGCAUAAUGAUAACUUCUUGACACACAUCCUGUAUUAGGCACAGAGAUAAAAACAAGACUCUUGCUAGUCUGUGGCAGACAUCAAGAAGUCUCCUCAGAAUUGAGAAAGUGACAACCCAUUAAAAUGUGUGUGGAGGCUUUUCAGACUUGAAGUUUGGUUGCCUUGGUUUCUAAGUUUGCCUCUUUGCAAUUGCAGCCUGUGAAAGAUGGCGACCCUCAUUUCCAUCACUUCCUGCUUAGCCAGACAGAGAAGGUGAGCAAUAGGUUUGGCUGAUGAGUUCAUUGCUUGUGGCACUUCAGGAGUUGAAGUCUCUGUGCCAGGUUUCAUUAGUUUUGCUUUGGCAUUCAUAAGUGAAAAUGCCUUUAAAGCUGAGCCGUGACAUCCUCAGAUUUCCUUGAGGAACAGCAGUUUUUCACUUGUACAUAUGGGACAGGUAUGAUUUUAAAAGUUCUUGGAGCAGGUCACCAGAAGUUGCGCAUAAGGCAGCUAUAGGGAGAUAACAGUCAUUUAUUUCACCCCACAUGCAUUUCAUAAAGAUUCCUCCAUCCUAAGGGAGCAUGGUUGGGGAGUAGGAAAUAGGAUGUUGCCUUAUACUGAGCCAGAUCAUUGAUCCAUCUAGCUCAGUAUCACCCUAAGCCUAGACUCUCCACUGACUGGCAGCUGCUCUCCAAUGCUGGUGAUUGAAACUGGGUCCUUCUGUAUGCAAAGCAAGUGCUCUACCCACUGACCUGCAGCUGUUCUCCUGCAAUAAGUAUUUACUUGGGGGUUUUUUUUGCCAGAUCUCUCUAAGCUUGGUUCUUCACCUAUGAGUUCACAGUGUUAUCUGGGAUUGCCCUGGAGGGAAGGUGUUGAGCAUAAGAACUGUUUUUCUCAUACAGAAAGUAGGGUGGGGUGUCUCUGGCUUGAUCAUAAUUAAUUGUCUAUUCAUGCUGAGUAUAUAGGUCUACUUGCCCUGCAAGACAGCAAAAGAGUUUCCCCCAAAAUUUGUUAUUUUCCUUUUCCUCUCUAUGCAGCCGGCUGUUUGCUACCAAGCCAUCACAAAGAAGCUGAAGGUGUGUGAAGAGGUAUAGCAGACUUCCUUUUUGACUUGCCUGCAUUAAAGUUUUGAGACUGCCUGUUUCUGUAAAGUAAAAUUAUCUUUUAUGGCUGUGUUUUUUCUACCCCUUAGGAAACAGGGUCCACGUCUAUCCAGGCAGCCGACAGCACGGCUAUCAAUGGCAGCAUCACUCCCACAGACAAGAAGUAAGAACCUCCUUUUCUUUCAUUUCCCUCUGAUUCUGAAGGCUGUCGUGUCUGCCUGUUGGCUUAAGGAGCAAUUUGCAAUAUAACACAUAUGAUACAUAUAUGUAAACAGUUAUAACAAUUGCAUAUAUAAAACAUUUUUAAAAACCAUAGUUAUAUGUGUUACAGCAGUUGAAAAUAAGAUCACAUAUGGAAAACUAAUUCAGAUUCAAAGCAGAUACCAGUUGGGAUAAAGAUUUUAGAAGGCUUGUUAAAAGAGGAAUGGCUGAGUGAGUUUGUGUUUUUAUAAAAGUAUUUCUGCAUCACCAUAUUAUAAAAUAUAAGGGUGAUGUACAACAAAACAUUAAACACCAUUAAAAACAAUUCAGAGAAUCACUAAAGUAACUGGCUAGUCUAAACAUUAGAAAUUUAAAUAGCUGCAAAGGCCUUCCAGGAUAAAAAAAAAAGGCUCCAAGAGAUGCAAGAAAGUCAAAAGCAAUGAGUUUCUUGAAGAGCAUGAUCAAACUAUGAUAAAUAAAAUUAGCAAGACUUCCUGGGUAUCGUAAUGAGCCUGCCUGCUGGUCUGAUGAAUGCAUUUUGAAAAAUGAAAGUUGCUUUUAUCACAACUCUAGGGUCAUUGCAUGAAUGUGCUGGGAGUUGCCUAGUCUAUAUGUGGGUGAAAGCAUUGUCCUGCAAGGCAGGUCAGGUGGCCUAAUCUGUUUAACCACCAACCCCAAACCACCAGACACAUGGGUAGAGGCGGAAGCAUUGUACCUUCCAAGAACAGCACUCUGUGACACUUGUGUCCUCUGGCACUUCCUGUGCUUCCCCCCCUCUCCUUUCUAGAGUGACAGGAGCUACGGUUGCACUUCCUGCCUCGCUCUCGGAAGCAAUUUCCCUCCUGCUCCGAUGCAGAACAGGCUGUGGCCUGUUUGUCGCUGGAGCUGUCUCGGAAUGUCCGUUUUUCAGGCUUGCUGAAGGGAAACUUAAUAUAUAACAAUGAAAGUAUUCAGGUAAACCCUUUCCCCUUAGCAAUUCGGAAGCAGACAAUGUGUCCCUCUGGGUUGGGCUCUGUUAGUGUGAAAAUGUCUUAGCAGUGGCUUGCCGCAAGUGUCUCAUGGUGGUUUAGUUAAGCAUUGCAAGUGCUGCCAGCUGUGAACGGAACAGCAGACAUACAGGAAGCUAAAAUGUGUUAGCUUUAUUAAGAUCAGUUUUGAAACGCCUUUGUUAAUUGAGGAGGGAAACAGUCACUUGUACUCUUUGUAAGUUUCCAAGGGUAAUUUGUCUUUGUUCCAUUCUGGUAUCCCUUGUUCUUGCCACUGCCUCUUUAUAGUUUACUUAAAGUGCAUGCAGGGCCCUCUCAACCAAAAUUCUUCCAAUACCCCCCUCCCCUCCUUACUAAUUUGGAUAAGGAAUGUUGUAUAUUAGCAGUGGCUUUUCCUAAGCAUGAAACCAGAGUGGCUGCUAACAUGUGAACUGUAGCUUAAACAAGCACUUAAUUCUAUUUAAGUGGCAUGGCAGAAAGAUUUACAAAAACAUAAGUGACUUUUGAUCUGUGAGUUGUGCACCAGGAUACCAAAUGCUGUGUUGAGCCUUCUGAGGCAAACUAGCUAAGAGAGGGAGUUGCCCAGUCAUUGCUGAACUGUACUCAAAUUUAGACCUUGCACAUGCAGACCCAAGACAUUUUUCACUGCACCGUCCUAGUCCGUUUUGUGCUAUCAAUGAGUAUGACUUUGUGCACCCAGUUCUUGGUCCUCCUAGGAUGAGGUUCUCUUAUCUGCCUGAGCAGAAAGUAAUGUCUCUUAAGUCUGGACUGCUUGUUUAGGCAUGCUGUAUAGAGCAGAUUUUUGAUGUCUGUCAGCCAUUGGCUCUUUGCUAGGGAUAUAAAUGUGAUCCUUUUGGUGUUCCUGCUCCUGAGAACAUUGGUGCUCACUCAAUAAAUCCUCUGUUACUAUGAAUUACGCACUUUGCUGCCUGCCUCUGUAUGUCUGUUUCCAUGAAGCUUGAACCCCACAAGGCCUCGAAGAGCCUCUGCUUCUAUAUCUCCAACCUCACAUUAAGCCCUUAUGCAAAUUUCCAACGCUACAAACUUCCUUCUCUCCUCCCCAGGAUAGGGUUCCUUGGCCUUGGCCUGAUGGGGAGUGGCAUCGUGUCCAACUUACUAAAAAUGGGUCACACUGUCACGGUCUGGAACCGGACUGCUGAAAAGGUGAGUUCAUUCUUUGGGAAGUAUGAGGCGAUAUCAUACAUGAUCUUAGUCACCUAGUCUAAGCUUAUGCAUCUGCAGAGAAACUUCAUUAUGAAGCUUUGGCAACUUUCAGCUUGGCUGACCUUAAGCCAUCCUCCCAAAUGUGAACAGUGGGGUUUCACUGAGCUUGGAAGUAUAGUAAUGAGGAGAAGCCAUUUAGACAAAAAGUAUGCCUUUCUGUCAGUCACGUCUGAGACAUGCAUUUCUGAGCUCCACCACUGCUGUGACAAGGUCAGCUUAAAUUAUCACACCAGAACGUAGUAGCCAUGGUAACAUUUUCCCUCCCUCUGCUUCAUGUUCUUUCCUCUCAUUUUGUGCUAUUUUUGUGGCUAGUAGCAGAAGCUCUGCCUUCUGAUCUCUGGAACAGCUGUGCCCACAUCAUUCUUGUAUCAAGUUUUUGGAGAUGGAUUUAUUUAUUUGAAGCAUUGGUUUACCCUGCCCUUCAGCCAAAAAGGCUCCUGGAAUAGCUUGUAUAUGAGAUCAGUAUCAUACAAGCCAGUCCCUUCAGGCUUGCAACCUAACAGAUACAACACAAGAGGGAAGAGAAGCCGACUCAGGCAUCAGUUCGUAGUGAACACAUAAAUAGCUUUUGAAUGGGAAGAUUUGAAUGAGAGGAGGCCAGUGGCAGCCUGUCUCAGCAGAGUCAAUGGAGUGGACCCUGAAGCCCCUCUGUCCCUCUGCUACAGCCAGCUGGAAUGGCUAGUCUAUAGAUUGCUUGAGCACAGUGGAGUGAGAGAUAGUGUGCAUGUCUAAUUCUCAAAAGCAGUGCUCAAACACACAAUGGUUCCCCCCCCCUUAUUCUGGGGUGAAAGCAAUCAAGAGACUUGGUUUCAGAGCUACCAUCUAGCAGCCUGUGACAGCAGGGGAAUGGCCCAAAUGUUCAGUGCCCACACAGAGAUGAUGAAAGCUAGUGCCAGGACCCAUCCCCACCUACUGCCACCAGUAGAAAGUAGCAGGUUGUCUUCUGUCAUUCAGGACAGGUGAGGUUUUCUAUUCCCCACCAGCCCAUAUGGGCUGUGUUUUGGAACUGGGCUCCAGCUGUUGCUACCUGUUUGGCUGUUAGAAGGUAGCCUGCUAUCAUUGGCCUCUUGAGCUGAGGGCCUGAUAAGUCGCUAUGGAACUCCUGGGGUCUUUGGAGUACUCCUUGAAAUGCACUGCCUAAAGUAAGGGAAUAGCUAACCACUCUAGAAAGCAGAGAAGAGAACCUGACAUCACUGAACGUGAUCUCCACACCCCAGAAAACAAGGUUAUUCUAAAUAGCCUAGCCCUGUUUCAUUUUGUUCAUGUGAAUGUGGUCCAGGAUGCAAUCCUCUUCAGUUCACCAUGGGCACAUCAGGGUCCCUGGUAGAGCGAAGCCAGCUUUGACCUUUAUUAUUCAGUGGUUUCCAUUUCUUACAUUUGGGUCUGUGACUUUUGCAGUGUGAUUUGUUCAUCCAGGAGGGGGCAAGGUUGGGAAGAACCCCCGCUGAAGUGGUCUCCACCUGUGACAUCACUUUCGCCUGCGUAUCUGAUCCAAAGGCAGCCAAGGAUGUAAGGAUUAUCUCUUUUUCUUGCACGCUCUCACCUUUCUCUCAGUGCUGUACACAGCGCUGACUUUCCAUGACCAAAAUCUCUUCCAAAAUAUACUGAGUCCUGAUGAAUGAAUCCCUCCACUGAUUCUAGACAUGAAUCUCUGCAGCUCUUUAAUUGUAAGCCAAGAAAGUGCAGAAAUCAUACUCCUCAUUGUAAGCUUCCUAUAAUGGAUGCCCAAAAGUUUGUCUGGUACAGUAAUUCCCAAACUGUGCAUCAGGGCAUGCUAGUGUACUGCAAGAGAGGCUGAAGUGUGCCUUGAAAAAAUUAAUAGACUGGAGGCGUCCUCCAUUCUGUGCUCCUUAUAGCAGUGAGGGCCCGUGCAACAUUGAUUAACCCUCCUCACUGUUUACUUAGCAUAUAUAUACAGUGGUGCCUCGCAAGACGAAAUUAAUCCGUUCCGCGAGUCUCUUCGUCUUGUGGAUUUUUCGUCUUGCGAAGCACGGCUAUUAGCGGCUUAGCGGCUAUUAACGGCUUAGCGGCUUUAAGAAAAAGGAAACAAACUUGCAAGAACUCACAAGACAUUUCGUCUUGUGAAGCAAGCCCAUAGGGAAAUUCGUCUUGCGGAACGACUCAAAAAACGGAAAACUCUUUCAUCUAGCGAGGCAUUCGUCUAGCGAGGCACCACUGUAUAAGGACAUGCUAGAAUUUGAAUAUUUGAAUAGUAUCGGAAUAUUCAGUUGGAAUAAGUGUGUGCUAGGAUUCCCUUAUGCAAUUGCUGAAGGAUGCAGGAAAAGCCCAGAAGCAUCACUGUUGUCUUGCCUUGACUGGGAAGGGGGAAAUAGGAGGUAGUGGUAGUUUCAAGGAGGAAGCCUGGCUGCUGUUCUAGGAACAGAAAUUGUGAGAAUUAAGAGUGAGGUGUGCCUCCCAGUUUUAAAUCAUGGGUGGAAACUGAUCAGAGUAUCAAAACAUGGCUCUAGUAUUUAGAACAAGGUCAGCCUGUCUUUUCAGCUGUGUGUUGACAUUUUCUGCCCAAAUGCUUAAUCUCCUUCUAAAAGCUUUGCUGUCAAAUGACUGGAAUAGUUCACAGUAGAUUUGGGCAGAGCUGGUUACUUUUGCUUUUUGUUUUCUUCAUUUUGUGUGGUUGCUGAUGUAGUGUAUGUUUAUAAUUUUCAUGAUCCUCUUUGAAGGCUGUAGUCUAAAGGCAAUAUAUAAAACAAAUAAAGGACUGUGCGCACUAUGGGAUAGGAUAACCACAGUCAGCCACAGAAGCAAAUUGUAUCACUUCACAGUUUAAAAUGUUUUAGAUAACUUUAUUGUGACUUUUCCAUAACUGUAGCCAACCCUGUGAGAGGUUGCUAUUGUUCCCAUUUUACAGCUGAGGAACAGAGGCUGAGAGUGACUUGGAUGAGACCACCAAGAGGUGGAGCUUGAACCUCGGUCUCAAAGGCUGAGGUCAGAUGGAGUUUAAUUGGUGUGUGCUUUCCCAGUAGCACACUCCUAAAACCCGAGACUACUAAUAGAGGGUGGAAUAAAUGCUUGUGCUGCAAGUUUUGUAGCUCUUACGUGGCUGUAAGAGUAGGCUUGAAAAACUGUUAUCUGUGCUUAGCAAAAUCUCAGAAAAGCAGCAGAGAAUCCCCUGGCACAGUUAAGUAUAUUUUUCUAUUUAUUAAGUGAUUUUGCUCCAGGGUCCUACCUAAGCUCAUGUUAUCCAUACAACUCAACCAAUGCACAAUACAAGUAAAAUACACAAAAAUAAUUGUGUGGCUGAGUGUAUAUGAAGCAGAGUAACACAAAAUGUAUGAUCUGCUCCUCCUAAUAGGACCUAAGAAGCUACCAUUGUGCCAGGUCAGACCAAGUCCAUCUAGCCCAGGAGUUAGGCAACUCUUCAUCUUCUACCUUUUUAAAAAAGGAUUUUCCCUCCCCAUAUCAUUUAAAAUGGCCUGCUGUCAUAACCAGCACCCAUCCAGAGCCCUACAAUGUCAACACAAUAAACCAAAUCUUACCCUUGCUGUUUUAUAUAUAUGUAACUGCAAGGCUGUGAAGUUAAUAGAAUGGGAGGUUUCAUCCUUGAGUAAGAAGUUGGGCUGCAUGAAUUUUGGAUUCCUUUUGAGUUUCUGUUUUAUACAGGUGCUACAGUAUAGCACUGCAGAUUUGUGCGCAUGCUCGGCUGUGAGAAACUAGUCUUAUUUCUGUGUGGUCCAGUUCCUCCCCUCUGCCUGGAACUGCAGAUAGUAACACAUCCUAAUGGAGCUUCAACCAGACAUCCCUUAUCCAAGAUAGAGAGAAAAUGUAGCCCAAGGCAGUAAUGCCAUCAUCUUCCUGAUCCUUUGUUAGAGCUUCCUUAAAACUAUCCUCUGUCUAAAGUGAGCAGCAGCAUCCUUCAAGGUAAAUAAUGUUGAGGCCACUCAAGUCAUGUGGGCACUUUCAGCAAGCCCUUGUGCAGAGAUUGUUAGCAGGAGGCCCUUUAGCAUUGGCACAGGUGGAUUUCCUUUGCAGACACCCUAUUGCUUUGGCGCUCUUCUAUUCCCACAGCUGGUGCUUGGUCCUAGUGGAGUGCUCCAGGGUAUACGUCCAGGAAAGUGCUACGUGGACAUGUCCACCGUGGAUGCAGACACUGUUACAGAACUGGCUCAGGUAAGCAUUGCAAACUGAGUGCCUGGUGUUAUUUUAAAUCAUGUAAUAGGGUUAGCUCUCCUUCAGGAUGGUGUUCAUUCACUCUUUUUCUGCUACAUGCAAAUUCUGCCUUAAAAGAGCCAGGCAAUUUGCAAGCCUACUAAAAAUUGAGACCUGUAACCAGAGAUUCGGAUUUUUGAUUCAAAUGAUUUGUGAAAGUCUGCCUCACCUCCCUGUACCACGUUCUCUCCAUGUCAAAGUUCCAUGUCUCCAUUUCCUUCUUGCAAACUGUAUGCCCUUUUGCACACACAUGCACCUGCCUACUGUCCUUAGGAUCUCUGAACUUUUUCUUCGAUCUAAAGAAAUGGUAGCCAGUGUGGUGCCCUCCAGAUACUGUUGGAGUCCACGAACAACUGGAGGGCACCAAGUUGGCUGCCCCUAAAUUGAUGUGACCUUUCAGUUCCCUCAAAAGUAGCUGCACUGUCAAUAGUCUCUUGCUGACAUACUCAACAUUAGCCAAUAUAUGAGGUGUUUUGAACUUCAGUGUCACCACAGCAGAUUAUCCCAAUAGCUAGAGGGAGUUCAUGGGUGCUCCUGUCAUUAAUAGGUGUUUGGGGUUUCCUGUAUUUCCUGAUGGUUUUCAAGGUGUAGCUUUCCUCUUUGACCUCUUGGUUGGUGCAGUAUGUGUGUGCCCCAUGUGUAUGUAAUUGGGACAUUUCUUCUCAUUUCUUCCAGGUGAUCGUAUCCAGGGGUGGUCGCUUCCUGGAGGCACCAGUUUCAGGGAACCAACAACUCUCUAAUGAUGGCAUGCUGGUGAUACUAGCCGCCGGUGACAGGGGCUUAUAUGAAGACUGCAGUAGUUGUUUCCAAGCAAUGGGGAAAACCUCUUUUUUUCUAGGUAAUACCUUCCAUCCCAGAGCUGAAGAGAAUUAUAGUAGGCUGAUCAUAGGCAGAAUAGAGUUUAAGCCCACUGAAUUAAGUUGGCUUUAGGGUGCCUCGAUUUGUAUAGUAAGGAUGGGCAAUCUGUGGUCCUCCACACUGUUGUUCAACUAAAAUUCCCAGCAGCUCCAGGCCAGCUGAUGGCCAGUAAUCAGGAGUUGAUCUGGAGGGCACCAUGUUGCCCACCCUUGCUAUCAGUAUCUCCAUUCUGAGAGGUGGAAUAGGAAGGUGAGUCUCUCCUCAGCAAGUUUAGGCAAGAGAACAUAAAACUGUGUGGUCAAAAAAUUGUUUUGGAAUCCAAAGUAUCUCUGAAGCAGUGAUACAGGCAACCCCUGAUUUGCAGAAGGGUUGUGUAAGGAGUCAUGUGCACAACUGCGGCGCACACAUAAGCCCACUAUGCUCCCACCCCUGUUAUGCCCCCUUUUCUGGCCGCUUUCAGGUUGCUGUCAUGCACGCAUUCAUAUUAGGGAUUCAGCCCGCCCACCCCAAACAGAAGAUAUGGUUGCUUUCACUGGGUGUCUUUCAGAACGGCUUAGAUGUCAGUGGGCAUGGUGCAGGUUCUUGUUUUUUUCCUUAUAUAGAGCUGUCCAACAGUGUGUGCCUCUCUCACAGGGGAAGUGGGCAACGCUGCCAAGAUGAUGCUCAUUGUGAACAUGGUCCAAGGAAGCUUCAUGGCCACAAUAGCAGAAGGACUAACUCUGGCUCAAGUGACUGGUCAGUCGCAGCAGACUCUUCUGGAUAUCCUCAACCAGGGACAGCUCGCCAGCAUCUUCUUGGACCAGAAGUGCCAAAGUAAAGUUCUCUCCCAUCUUUCCUUCUUCACCAGAAAGCUAGUAUCUCUUUUUAAGUGUCACCAAACACUUGCAUAGUGGGGUUCAAAGAGUGGGGGAGAGGAGAUAAGCAUUGCUUCUGGAUUCACUGUUCCAUUAGUGUAGUGUAGGAUGGAUUUGCUGCAAAUUCACACUCCCACAUCCAAGCCAAAGAUUUUAUCUACUGAACAUUGCAUGCUUGUUGCUACUUCAUCUGUCUUCACAGCCAGGCUUUUAAAAAUAUGGGGUGAUACAGGAAGUCCAUGUUUGGGGGAGGGUCACAGUUUAGCAGUGUCCUAGGUUUUGUCACCAAAAGGAGGGUUAGGAAAGAUAUCUGCCUUGAAGGUCACUUUUAGAGUAGCAAUCUCACUCUACUUGACGUCUUUAAGCAGGAUCAGUUUGAUUCUGGCACUAGUGAAAUCUGCAAGGGAAGAGAGAAAGCAAGUCAGCAGCUGGGAAAGUGGAAUGUGAAAUGUACUUGGGGUUUUGUUUCUUUUCUUUUUUUCCAGACAUCCUGCAAGGAAAUUUUAAACCAGAUUUCUACCUGAAAUACAUCCAGAAGGAUCUCAGAUUAGCCAUUGCACUAGGCGAUUCUGUUAACCACCCAACUCCCAUGGCAGCUGCAGCCAAUGAGGUAUGUGUGCUGCCCAGGCCUCCUCUCUUUCUCCAGUUCCAUCUUUAGGAGAUCUCCUGAUACCCCUUUUGUAAAGGUCAGGGGAGUUACCACUUUGGCCCUGCAUGGCCAAGCCUCUUUGGGUGCCUUGGCCACGCAGCCCCCAGUCUUCCAACUUUGGAGGUAUGGCUCACUGGCAAAGGACUCCCACCCUCCUUAGCUUCAAAAUUUGGAAAUAGGCUGGACCACCCACCAUCCUCGCCAGAGGGAUGCAUCACACUUGCUUAGAUAAGUGAUGGCUGGGAAAAAGAGGUGAAUGGGAAACGACCAUUUUUUUCACCUAUUUUUAAUGGGCCUUCACAUCUGCACGCUUGCCAUGUCAAGCAGACUUCUUAAACCCUGAUCUUCUUGAUAAUUCCAUACACACACCUUUUUUUAAAAGACAGCAGGCACUUAUACGGAGGUGAUCUUGAUGGUGCCCCUUGAUUAUGACACUCUUCCCUUGAUUUGCCAAGUCCUCUGGGGUUCAGCCAUUUUUUCAAAGCAUUGUAAAACAUUUUUGUUUGCCUUGGCUUCUCAUGGUUAAAAUUAAACCUGUAGAACAUUUGUUGUUCAACUCCCAUCAUCCCUGGCCAUGCUUGGCAGGCCUGAAGUCUAACAACAUCUGGAAGGCCACAGGUUGCCCAUCCUGGUUUAGAGUUUGGUGAUUUAAUACUGCUUAUGGCUGUUGAAAGUUUAUAUUUUAAUGGGAUAUUUUUGCUCUUUUACAUGACACAGUAUCGUCUUUCCUGUGGGGGGAAGCUUUGUUGGGGCUAAUUAUGGCCAGCAGGCUUUUCCUCAUAGUGAGCUACACAUAGGUGCUGGCUGUGACCCCAAUUCCCCAACUCACAUAGCAUUCCUUGAAGGGAAGUGUUUAUAGAUAUUGCUGAGGCAGUUCUGUAUUCUAGUGGGAAACCAAUAGUAUUAUGAGAAUACUUGCUUUCUGAAAGGACUGCUCUCUUAUUGCCUUUCUCUUUCUUCAGGUCUACAAACGAGCAAAAGCAUUGGACCAAUCUGACAAUGACAUGUCUGCUGUGUACAGGGCCUACAUCCACUAGGCUACCCCAUUCUUGUUAAUACCAUGAUUAUUAAUUAUGAUGAUGAUGAUGAAUACUGGGUUUUAACUCUGGACCAGUCCAUCUCUGUCUCUCUGUCUCUCUCUCUUUUUCUUCCCCCCACCUCUCUUCAAUUGUUUUUCCUUUUUUAAAAUACAAAAACUCUCCUGGGAUCUGCCACAAGGGCAGAUUCUACAGCAAGCCUUCCUGUGCCAGCAGCAGCAAGAGUAGGAGGGAAAGGGCUUGGAUCAUUGCCUUCUUGACAACAAAUUAUACCACAUUCUCGGAGUCACAGAAUGGAAUUGGCUGCAGGUCAUCUCAAACCCUGAGGUGACUCUUGCCAGGAAGUCUGCUGCUUGACUUCUUCUGGUGUUCACUUUUGUACCAGUGUCCUCAAGAGGUUGUUUGUUUGUUUUUAACUGCUGUUUCACUUAUUUGCUGUGGGUAAUGUGUUCAUUGUCCUCUCUUAUGCACUAGGGACAAUUGAAAGAAGGCUGUCUCACCUGCCUGUGAACCUGGGUGGCUCAAUCUCAGGCCCUCUAGAUGCUGAUGCACUACAGCUUCCACAAGCAAGAUCAGUGGCCCAGUCGUGAUGGGAGUUGUCGUUCAGCAACAUCUGGAGUGCCAGAGAUUUCCCACACCUGGUCUAGACCCUGGGAACCUGGCUCCUCUUUUUUUUCCUAGGAGGAAAGCAGUCACAAUCAAGAAGGCGACAGGGCUAAAAUUAGCAUUGUAGUUUCGGAUAAUCCCCACCUCAGUAUCUCAGUGGAAUUAGUUACAAGAACCAAAACAGGCUCCAUCCAUGGCCCUUCCCAUUCAGACAGCUUAGUUUUUAGUGUACACAGGAUCUAGCAUAUGCCUGUGGCACUUGGAUAUGCCAAAUGCAUUUAGAACAGCCUUUGGCUUUCCAAGCAUUGUUGAACUCCAAAUCCAAGGCAGUCUUGGAACAAAGGGAUUUUUGUCCCCCAGCAUCUGGAGGGCACAGAUUCCCCAUUGUUGAUUUUAAAAAGACUCCAGUUCCCAAAAGGUUAAUCCAGUCUUGAAUAUUGCUGUAAAACCCUAUUGCUUUUUAUAAUUCAGAAAAUGAACUGGGAUGUGUUUUAAAGAGCGAAGGUAGAAACUUUGGGGUCUUCCUUUGGUUUUAUGUCCUGAGAGCAUGCACAGUGUGCACGCACCCGAUCUUCUGUGGCUGUUAGUGUUGGCAAAGAUUAUUAGGAUUCUUCUCAUAUUGCCAGAGAGCCAUAGGGCAAGGUAAGAGAAAGUGGCUUCAGGAAGACCCAAAAUCUAAACGCAGAAUCUUGACUUCCAUGUUUCCCUUUCUGUAAAAGUGGGGGAAAUAUGCCUAUUUGUUGGCAAGAACUUUAAUACAGCCUAAUAAACUCUGCUUGCAUGAAUGGCAGUGACGACAAGCUUUGAAUUGAUAUGCUGUCAUCUGUUGGUGAAGUUGUGAGUGCUCCAGCAGAUUGGCCAAGUACCCGUGCUUUGGAAAUAACCUAGUAAAGGAAAGUGGGGAAUGGCUCCUGUUGUUGAGGCCAUUUACCAUGCUGGGUCUCACUGGAAGUCAAGUAGGGUCCCAGAGAAUUCAAAUAAAUCUAUUUGAAUCAACCAGAGCUGCCGUUGAGGGAGGGUGAGCUUUUGAGCCCAACAGAACUUGACCACAUGCUUCCAUGUGAAAAAUGGCUGGUGUCAAAUGAACAGUCCUUAGUUCUCUCUGGCAGCUCCUGAACUUUCAAAACUGAAUACAAGGAUAUACAAAGUGGGUGCCGUACAAAUAGCAGAGAAAAUGCCCCCAUGUCUUAAGUACAUCAACUCCGUGUUAGUCUUGGAAGAGAAUCCCGUGUUCACACUUGGAAAGCAGCAGGAUGGACACCCCUUGCUGUUCACACAUCAGAUUUCAUUUUCCAUGGGUGUCCUGCAGCUGUAGAGUCCUAAUAUGCACAGACCCAGUCUGCACAGUAAUCCGUACUUACAUUUUGUAGUGCAUAUACCACAUGGACCAGGACGUUACCUUGAUCAGGACCUUCACAUUUGUAGAUCCAGUACAAAAACAAAAGCCACACUCCUCUAGUUGCUUGUUACUUCUGUGGUAUUUUAGCAGUCGGCCUGGGAAAGGAAACAGAACCAGUUAAGUGUUCCUCUGGAGCAGCCUUCCUCAAACUGAUGCCUUCCUGGUGUUUUGCACUACAGCUCCCAUCAGCUCCAGCCAUCAUGAUGGGAAUUAGUCAAAAUCUUCUGGAGAGUACCAGGUUGAGGAAGCCUUCUCUCCCUAGGGUCUUCCAUUCCUGCUUGUGUGAUCUCUGGCCAUAGAUAGCCAUCAGAGACUGCUACUCUGCCCUGUGCUGAAAUUUUAUCUUGAUGAGCGGUGGAAAUGAGCACACAACAGUUGUGAGUUUAUGGAUUCCCUGUUGGAUCCUGCUAGGACAGCUUAGGAUCUUGCAGAAAGAGCAGUUUAAUUUUGGAGGACAUACUUUGCAGUCUUCACAUAGCGUGAUUUAUAAAUGAUAGAAGUAGUUGCAAGGAUCUUAAGGUACUAUCCCAAAGAGGUCCAGGGUGUGUGGGGGGGAUUUCUUAAUCUUGUGAUAAAGGCUGUCUUCAGAAAACUUUAAAAGGUGUAAACAGAAACAGCAGACUUCAGUACACUUUAUUUUGCCUUGGAGCGAAAAAUCCAAACUAGGCUGGGUGUAGGAGUAACAGAGAACUGUAACCCCUUGUAUUGAAGGCCUAUCUUGUGGCUUCUUUGGCAAGGAGAAUAAAGAUCUGCUAGCGGGUGUGGUUCUUCCUGCAGGACUCUACAGUUACUGAUAAACCAAGAACAGCCGAGAACACUCUCAGAUAGAAGCCAAGGGUGGGCCGAGCACUCUGCAGUCUCAAAUGCCACUUCAGAAGAAUAGCCGCCUUCAUUUCUUGCAGCAAAAUGGGAGCGAGUUGUGGUGCCUUAAAGCUUUUAUUGUGGCAUAAACUUUCACGGGUCAGAAGUGUGCUAUGGCCCACAGGUUUUAUGCCACAAUAUAUUUGUGGUGGUUUUUUUAAGGGGCCGCAAGACUCGCUAUACAUUCUAUUCAGUUUCUCACCUUCAGGAGCCAAUUUCUCCAAAAUCCAUUUUUUGUGGGUCCCUUCAGAUUCCAGCUGUUGAUGUUGCAGGAGGGGAAGCUUGGAUUACAAGACUGUGUGAUUGAACUGGCUUGGUCAUUGUUGUCUUAAUAUUGUUGACAAUACUGUAAAGUUACUUUUUAAUGGGGAUUUCUGUUUUAGCAAUUGCUUUUUAUUUUGGAUCCUUCCUUUUUAAAGAGAAAAAAAAAUGUGACACUUGUGGAAAGCUUGUAAGAAAAAGCAGUUUUCUUUUAAUUCCCUCUCCUUCAAUGACCGAUCUAUAGUUAAUUAAGGUUGUGAAUUUUUUUUUAAUUUUUUGCCUUGUUUUUAAUUAACGUUUGUCAUUCAGAAUAGGAUGUGUGGUGAUGAUUAAAUGGCAAAAACAGAAGAAAUGAUUUUUUUUCUUGUGCAAUUAACAAAGCUACUGGCAAAAGGAAAUAAAACCUUUCUUGGUAACACAAUGUUACUUGUCUGUUUCUAAGCUCUCCCCACCAAUAUUCUCUUUUCUCUCCUUCACCAGCCAUUAAAUCAAAAGAAAUAUGUUAAGCCUAACAUUCCCCUUACUUUUGAUUCAUAGAGCACAAUGUUAUGUUUUUCCUGUAUUAAAACUGAAGAUACACAUCACACUUUUAUACACUCAGAUCCCAUGAUGACAGGCAGUUUUUCUUCCUGUCUGUUGCAAGACAACCCAGUUAAAGUUGUUUCCAUUUUCCUACUCUUUUUUCCUCUGUCAGCUCUAGAACUGCUGUGUUUUCUGAAUAAUGUUAAGAGUAUCAGCUUUGCAUGGCGAAAGUCCCAGGUUCAAUCCCUGAAAUCUCCAGGUAGUGCUGGGGAGAGACACUCUAGAGAGCCUCUGCCAGUCAGAGUAUACAGAACUAGGCUUGAAGGACUUAAAAGAGCAAUCUAGCAGUGUCAUUCAACAGUGACAGACAACAGCUUUGCUCUAGACACGGCAGGUGCUCUUUUUCAAAGGAAGCUGCCUUAUAUGGAGUGAGAUCACCAGAGCAUCUUACCACAAUACUGUCUGCACUGACUAGUGGUGGCUCUCUGGCGUUUCAAGUGAGAUUCCCUCCCAGCCCUACCUGGAGAUUGAACCUGAGGCCUGCUGCAUGCAAAGUUGAUAAUAUACUCUGAGCUAUGGCCCUUCCCCUUCUGUUUCUAGCUGCAGGCUGCUUGCUACCUUGGGGAGUUCUUAAGCCAAAAGAGUUCAGGAGGACAUGAAAUUCUGGUGUUUUAGUGGGUUCUACGAUGGAUAUCCCUAGAUCAGAAGGAUUCCUUUCUGAUAUAAACGACCACCUAGAACUGCUUGUUUAUAUGUGAUUUUACAUCUUAUUUUGUCUAGAGUUUUAUAAUUUUGUAAUUGGUAUCUUUGUCUUGAUACUGGUUAUUGACCAUAAUAAAAUGACUUGGCUAGUUGAUCCU